GAAUUCAUAAACGAAAGAUGUUGAGUGGCCCUAGUCUACAAAAUCAUCAAUUCACAAUUUUCGUACUUUACUAUUCAAAUUACCAGGUAACUUUAAGUAUUUAAUGAUGUUUUGACAUAUUAGUUCCUUUAUUUUUAACAUGUGAUAUAUCCAGUUUUAAUCAUGCACUUGCUGACCGCGAUGAGUCAAAUUUCACUCCUGAUUGGUUUCUUUCCACAUCUAAGAAAAAAAAAUUCUUCCAAAACUUGAGUAGAAAUGGCGUUCAAAGGCAACAUUGCCUUUGUUCUUAUUCCGAAAUCGGAGGCAACUAUUUCAUUAAACCUAACAAUUAGUCUUGUUAAUAAUUUCUUAAGCUUAUUUCCAACUUUGUGUGUAUACAGAGGGGAUUCUCUUUCUGCACGUGUCUCUAUCUCUUAAUCUAAAAAAAAACUUGUAAAUAUGAACUUGGGCCUUGGGCACGAACGGUAUUGUGAUUUCUGAGUGAGAGUGACACCGAGACUGAGGGUAGACCUGAAAUCACAAUACGAAAUUUUUUCGAGCUAAUGCGGACAUAAAGAUAAUUCACUUCUAAAUUAUAAGAUUUAAAAAUUUUCACAGAUUUAAAUAAAAGCCAGUUACGUUAGUUAGGCCUUCUUCAGUUAAUCAAUGGUCCACCACUCUGUGAUGAAAAAUCAUUGAAAAUGAAAUUCAUUUAUUGGACUAUUUAGAUUAGGCUAACACAGCCUACAUUUUAUAGGUCUAACUCUACCAUUAGUAAUUAGCAUUAUUAUUCUCCUUAAACAUUAGUGCCUACAAUUAGCAUUCCUUAUCGUCAACAUUAUGACCAUGGCACGGCGAACCAUUGGCAUUGGCGGGUACAACCUUAAAACCUGUCAUCAGAAUCAGUGUCAUUCAAAACUCAUCUCAUGUUGAAUGUUCCUUUCUCAGACUUAUUAUGAUCAGUGUACUCACUGUUGUUAAGUGUACUACAAAUUUAUUUUUUAGGCUAAUAAUACUUAUUUAAUUUUUGAAAUAAGGCUACGGCUUACACUUACUGAUACCGACUUAGCUUUUAGUAGGAACUAUCCUAUAGUAGACUAUACAUAGUUAUAAUUGAAUUGAAGCCACAUAACAGUUUGGAUGCUGUGUCCACUGUGUCUGCUGUUCAAUUUCAAAUAAUGUUAGGCCUAGAGCAAAAAAAUGUCUUUAAAAAAUAAUUAGAUUUUUAAUAUUAUUAUUAUACGCUCUUACUUGCAUUUUUAAAUUUUAAAGUAUAGAUAGGCUAGUUAAUGAUAGAGACAGAGAUUUAUCUCUCACAAUCUGCAACAUUUACAGUAUUACAAUGCAACAAAGUCAGUAUAGUACAGAAAUGUACAAAAUUAAUUUCACAUAUAUAAAUGCUUGAAUAUAGCACAAGUUGACAAUCUCUUGCAAACUUUAUUAAAUGCAGUCAGUUAUUAAAGUAAUGUAAUGUUCUGAAUUUUAUUGCCCUAACAAUGAUGACAAUCCCAAGGCCCUGUUAAAUCCAAUCAUACUGUAUUAACUUCCUAAGCGAAUCAUCAGUCUAUUUUUUUACAUCGCAUCAUUACUUUCAAUCAUUGAUUUAAAGAUGCCAAUAUUUAAAAUAAAUAAAGAUGUUGAUAGAAUGAAUAUGCACAAUUUUUGCGUCCAUUACAUUAUAUUAUAUAGCAUGUUUUCUACAUUUUAAUUUUCGUUAAUCAUUGGCUGCUAAGUCAAGUACCGCCUCGGGUCGUUACAAACUCCAGCCACUUCUGUGCAUACACACUACACAAAGUAAAUUAUAAUUAGUCUGUUUUAGAAAAAGUUCCGAUUCGCUUAUUAUGCUUACUAGUGAAAACUGUUGUUACUAUUAAGAUGCUGUAAUCAGCGUAAUGCUGGUGGAAAUAAUAUAAUUUUGGUUUAUUAAAUAAAUGAUUUCAAAAUGUUUUUAUUAUUUUUCUUUGACAAUAAGUAAUUUGCAAUGAUUAACACUGUCACAAAGUGUUGUCUUUAAUUUUAACUGUAACCCAGAUGUCAGGUUUGAUUAAAUUAGGACUUGAAUUGCAAAGAUUUUCAGUGGAGGAUUGCUUUUUUGUGCAUGCAGAUUUCAUUGCUGUACUGGUGCACUAUCUUAUGCUAUUCAGAAUUAAAUCAUACAUUGAUUUAAAUUUAGUGAUUGUGCUACUUAAUUUUUCAUGUGUGCGGCAAGUUUAAAAAAAAAUAUUUGUAAUGGCUAAUUUUAGACUAUUUGAAUAAGAGCAUACUUGCAUAUAUGUAUAGGCUUUCCCUCUAAUUAAUAUUCUAGGUAUAUUUAACUGCAGUUAAUUUUCUUUUUACUUUGCUAUUUCCAUUUCAGGUACAUAGUAGGUACCUCAAACCAUUUAAUACAUUCUGAUGAUGCGGAGGUAGUAUUUGCAGGCCUACUGUUUUUUGGUGAGUUGCUCAUUUUAAAAUGUUGAGUAAUCUAAUUUAAAUAAUUUUAAGAAUAUUAAAAUGUUGUAUAAAAUCAGUUUUAUCUCAAAUCUUAAUAUUUUGGUUUGUUUUAUUAUUUUGUAGAUGAACACAAGGCCUGGAAAUGGCAGAAGAGCCCAUGCUUGGGCUUUUUGAUGGUGAGACAAACUUUCUUGAUGAGUUGGCUGGGACAGGGUCUGGAGAUCUUGGACCCUCAUCAGGCCUGGAUGAUGGCAGCAUGAUGGGAGGGUCUAAUACAGGGAUGCCACCAGGCAUACAACACAUGCAGCAAGGACAGCCACAACAAGGUCAGUAUGUGUGGGUUUACUAAAGAAAAGACACAGCUUGUAUCAGAGUUCGCAAGGUUCGUAAAAAAUAUCCAUGGCCCAGGAAAGUUUGGAAAAAUUGGGGAAAAAUGCUAGUCUGAAAGUUUAGGGGAAAAUUAUUUUUUAAAAAUAGAAGGAAAAAAAUAUGAACGCCAAAAAAACAAAAAAAAAAAACAACACAUUCCAUUUAGCUGACAUGUCUGGAUUGCUUAAUGAUUUGUAACCCAACAAGAAAGAAAUUGCUUGAUUGAUUUCUUUAAGCCAAUCAAAUUAAUCUUAAGAAGUUUGCGGUCGCAUAUUAAUUUGAACUGUUUUGACUACUCCUACACGUUGUUUGGUAAAAGUUGUUUGCCUUCGCUAUCAUUUUCAGUUUGGAUUAGCCGCACAUGUGCGUUUUCUAUUGAUACCAUUCAAAAUCUGUUGAACAUUUUACAAUAUUAAAUAUGCCUGGAGUUUGUUAUUUUAAUGAUAUAUGACUAUUUAAGUCGAAAUACAAGUUUUGUCUAAAAAAUGUAGCGGAUAACAAAAGAAAGCCCGGAAAGCCUAGGCUUUUUCCAUUGCAGUGUUUGUAAAAAUACACUGAUAUCUCAUCAGUGGGGGAAAGAGCACUGCACAGCCAUGCAAAGGUAAGUUACAGUAACUUAAACCUAUUUAUCUAUUCACUUAGCAAAGUACAAAUUAGGAUGAUAUAAAAUUUAAAUUCUACAAACUCUUUCUGGUAUUUUUUAAGUAAGCUACUAAUUUGGCUACUACAAUUUAUUUUAUCCAGACUUACGACUUAAGGCUCCCUGUUAAUUUGAAUGAGAUUAAUUGUGAUUAACAAUAUGAUAUCAUGAUAAGCCUAACUAUAUUAUAAUAAUUUGUUUGAUAUAUUUUAGGAGAAAAGCACAUUCAGAAUGAGAAAGCUGCUAUUCCUUUGACUCCCAUUACUGGAUAUUUAAAUACAGCUAAUAAUGCUGAUCCAGUACCAUCAUCACCAAGGGUCUCUCAUGGACAGGGAUCAAUAUAAAAACUGUUCAUAUUCAGUCUUACUGCACAAAGAUGGAAGUGUUUACCUUUGUAACCAUUUGGACAGUGAAAUGUUUAAAUAACCAUUACAACUUCUAUUCUUCCUAAGACACUGCAGAUUGUUUCAAGACCAUGUUUCUUAUUUGAAAAAUUGCUGAUAAGAAGUCUGCAUAUCUCAGCAUUUUUGAAAUAGCACCCUACUUUUCUGAUAUGCUUAAAACAGAAAAAAAAGAGCAGCUUCCACUUAUAUUUUUAUGUUCUUUGAAACAAUGAAAAAGCAGAUGCAAGAAAAGCAAGUGGAUAUUUAUGUUUGAAACAAUGAACAAACAGUUGCAAGAAAGCAAAUGGAUAUUUAUGUUUGAUGAAACAAUCAAAACGGAUGCAAGAAAGCAAUUGGAUAUUUAUAUUUGGUGAAACAAUCAACAAACAGUUUCAAGAAAAGCAAAUGGGAUAUUAUUAAUAAAAUUAAUUAUUUUUCCACUCAUCUCAUUUUCUUGGACAUAAUGGUUUUUAGAAAAAUUCAGUCUUAUCAUCACAAGUUCUUGGACACAGGGGCUUUUUACAACUGUCUAUGGAUGGCCAUGUCCUAUUAUCACAGACCUUGGACACUGGCUUGUUACGGCUGUCUAUGGAUGGCCCUGCAGGGAACUAGAAACUAUUUGACAUCUUAGAAAAAGAAACUAAACCAUCUGCCCCAUUUAAGCUAUUAAAAUUGGGUGUUGUGUUGGCUUCAUAUUUUACACAAUCUUUUCUGUAAUGGAUGUACUGCAACCUUUGGACGCAUACGAACAUCGCAAAUACUGCUGCAUUUCUUCAAGUGUUGCAAGCACAGGUAAUAUUUAAAAAUUAGUUCAUAAAGCUGUCGCAAUAAAUUUCAUUUUGAUUUAGUAAUAUAGCAAACAGAUUUUUUCAACACUGAUUCCUAUUAGAUUUAAUCCUUAAUUUUGAUAUUCUUAUAAAGUUUUUAUUAUUUGCAGGUGGCUUGAAAAUAUUGAGCUAGCUGACAGAGCUAUCCUGAUACCAAAUCUGGAAUUCUACGUAAAGGCUGUUUAUUGCAAAAUGCUUCAUGGUGUCUGAAAAAGACAAGCUGAACGUAAAAGUUAAUCGACCAGAGUCAUGUGACGUUUGAAACAAAACAAAGAGUUUAAGUGUGACAACAAAUUGAAGAGUUUAAGUGUGACACCAUCAGCGUUCAGUAUGAAAAAUAUGUUAGUCCAUCAUCACACCCAAUUCAUUGGAACACGUCAAUAUCUCCCCUUCUGAAAGAUGGGUUAAUAAUUGAGUUUCUACUUAGCUUUCUGCAAUAAAAAGGAGUUUUCUCAGAUGUGUUUGAUUGUUCAGCAUCUCCACAAGCCACAGCAGAAAGAGGGCUCUCUAUGAGUCAAGAGUUCGCUGUCGAAAAUUUUAACACUAUGAGUCUUUGUGCUCAACGACUUAUAAAUGAUCAAGUCAGAAAGCCAGCAAAAGAGUUGAAUUUUGCAUGGAUUUUUCUAUCUGGAAAAAAAGAAAAAUGUAUCUGAUUUAUUUUAAAAAAAAAAAAAGUUUGAGAUAGCUAAAAUACAGGAGUUCAAUAAAAGAUUUCACAAAGCCACUAGAUACAACUGGGCCCUUUUUAAAUAUUUUUUCUGGGACAUUUGCUUAUUAGUCUGUCCCUGAUGAUGCAUCAUGAUUACUAUGCUUCAACUAUUAAAUCAAGCAACACAUUACUUUGUUUAAGUACACCACAGAGCUGAGUCAAAUGUUUGUAACAUUUAGCAUACUUGUUUUAUAUUUCCCUAAAGCUAAAAUACUUUGCAAGGGCGAGUUGGUUAUUAUGUAUAUAUUGUAUAUACUUAAGUGUGGCAAAGAAUUUUGUAUCUAUGCCAUAAUUAGCUAAAUUUGUUUUGUUUUCUUCUUUAGAAUAUAAUAAUAGAUAGGUCUUUGAAUUUUACAAAAAGGUCUUUGAAGGUUUGGCAAAAGUUUGUGAAUUCUGGAAUUGUGAAGUCUGUUUGAACCCUGAUAUAUAAAGCUACAUUGUGCAAUCUACGUUUAAGCAAUGAACCGGAAUUGUGAAGUCUGUUUGAACCCUGUUAUAUAAUGCACAUUGUGCAAUCAACGUAAGCAAUGAACCUUGUUAUAUGAUGUACAUUGUGCAGUCUUUGUAAGCAAUGAACCCUGUUACAUGAUGUACUUUGUGCAGUCUUUGUAAGCAAUGAACCUUAUUAUAUGAUGUACAUUAUUUCUAUACACUAAUAAAAAUACAUGCUGCACAUCAUAGUACAUUGAAUCACAUCUCUUCUUUUAGUUGGUGUAAUAAAAAUUGCCAUAUACUUUGUAAGUUAUUGUGCUAUUCAACAAAGAGCUCUAAAUAAUCUGUAAUAUAAACUUGACAGCAGCACAAAAUUCCUGCUGGUUAAAGUGCAAUAUAUAUAAAAUAUUUUCCGUAGUGUUGGCUUGCAAUCAUGGCAGCUAUCUUCUGGUGAAAAACAAAUAAGUAAACAUUUUUUAUUCAUAUUUUGCAAACUUGAUUACACCUGGUUCAAUUAUUAAAAUAUUCUGAGUCAUAGUUCAGUGGAACCAUGCUAUAAUGCGAAUUUAGUUGAAGCUAGGUCAAUCCAAUUUUGGUAUAUUGAUUGUUACAUGAAUUAUUUUCUUUAAUGUAUCCGAUUGUAAAAAUAGAUCUUAUGAUACAAGACAAUGACCCAUCCACUAAAACUGGUCCAACUUCAACACCACAAAGUUCACUAACCAUAAAACAUUCAAAUAAAACUGUUUCCACACUACAAAAUCACUUAUUUCUCCACUUUAAAAAAAUUCCAACACUAUUCAAAGAGCAAUUGUAAAAUCCUUUUAUAACUCAAGCUUUUAUAUUAACACCAUCUGUUUUUAGGGUCCCCAAUAAUUCCUCAAUAGGUCAUCAGCACAGGUUUUGUCUGCGUGUAGUUUGGCAGAAUCAGACUCAAUGUUUGAUCUAGACUGUUCAUAGUGCUUAUCAUGUAGUUUGGCAGAAUUAGAAUCAAUGUUUGAUAUAGACUGUUAAUAGUGCUUAUUAAUUAACUUCAAUUUUCAAUUCACUGGGAUAAAAAGCAAUAUCUAGACUAGCUUGACUAGGUGCAAGUGAAUCCAAUAACUCACUGAGAAAUAAUUGUCAGUAUAAACCUGUACACAUCGUUGUUAUUAUAGAUGGCACUUGGUGAUCAUAAAUAAAAGUGUUUUGUUAUUUUCCUUAACGUCUGCACUAGGCAACACUUGAAAUAACCACUUUCAGAUCUUUGUGGUUCAACAAUAAUUAAAAUUUUAUAACCCAAGAAUGCAAAUGACCACAGUGUGUCCAUCUUGUGGUUCAUACAAAACCAGUUGUGACUUUUCUUCGCUCAAUUUAUUUUUGUUCAUUUAACUAUCCUGUGACAUUGAUCUAAUUUUUCCUUUGUGACCCAAGCCUGAAAUAUUUGAUUUUUAUAUUCAUUGUCUCAACAUUGCAUCAAAACUUGGUUUAGGAAAUUACAAAUGUGCAUUUCAAUCUUCAGGUCUGAUGAUGGGAGGUCAAGUGUCAGGUGCUUAUCAGCCAGGCUUAAGUCAGGAAGUGUCUGGGUAUGGCAUGCAGUGUUCCCAGUCCAAUAUGAUGGGUCACCAGCAGUACGGUGGCGAUCAAUACGGACAGUACUCCAACUCUAUAUCCAAGAUUGGCCACAAUCAAGGAAUGAUGAUGGUACCUGGUGGUGGUCAACCUCAACAGCAGGGACCCUUCAGUCCUAACGUGGGUGCUGGAAUGAUGCAGCAGCAGCAGACGGGGUACACGGGUUACAAUAUCGGUGGUCCUCACGGACACUCCCAACCACAAUCCAUGUCUCAGAUGUCUCCCAUGAUGUCACCAUCUCCUGGUGGGUGGAACCAAGCCCAGACCAGCCCCAAUCAACAAGCACAACCACACCCCCACUCCCAAUAUAUGUCCCCAGGUGGUCCCCAAGGUCAAAUGUCCCCAUAUGUAAAUCAAGGAUAUCACAACCAGCAGAUUUCUCAAAUGAAUCAAUACAACCCAGCUAACAAGAUGGCAGCUUCCUCCUCACCUUAUAUCCGCCCUUCAAAUCCAAUGCAGGGUGGAAUGUCUAGUCCUCCAGCUUCUAUGAAUUUAAUGGGUCAAAUGCCAGUCAGGAAUUCACAUCCUGGGUAUCCUUUACAUCAAGCAACUUCAGCCUCUCAGCACAGUGCCAUGAUGCAGGGGGGCUACAACACACAAAUGAGCCAAGGCAUGACUGGUCCCAACACAUCUCAGUAUCCUGGCGACAUCUUGACUACACAUGGACCAAACCAGAUGAGCUCAGGCACGAUGGGGCAACACUAUCCCCAAUACUCUGGCAGCCAGCAACCAAGACCAGAUGGCCCCGGAGGCCUGUCUCACUACACGACUCAGGCCCAAACCACGGCUUACGGUCAACCUUAUCCGGCCAUGUCUCAACCUCGACCCGGCAGCAGCACGCCAUCACCUCGACCAACACCCCCUCCUCAAUCAAUGACACCUAACCACAGCAGCAGCUCUCAGGGAACGUAUGGACAAAGUAGUCUCCAACAAUUAGAACAACUUGUGUCCCCAGGCAUGCCAGGUUCCAAUCCUUACCAGCAACUCAUGCAGCAGAGUUCAACCUCCCCCACAGGGUGUUCUAACAUGCAAUGCCAACAGCAGCAAGGUCCAAUCUACAGCUCUACCAAUUUUCCAACAACCACUGUAUGCUCUACAGUUUCCCAGGGAGGCAAUGUGCAGGCUACGAGUGGCAUGGCUUCCAAUCAAGGACACAUGAAUAUGAUGCAGAAUCCAAAUAACCUAGUGAACUAUCAAAAUCAAAUGGUCCAAGGCUCUACUGCACCCAUGAGUCCUAAUCAAGGGAUGAUUCCACAUGGACAAACAGGCAUAGAGAUUCAAAGACUAGAACAGCAACUGCAGCAACUUAUGAGCAUGCCACAGACCCAGCAGAUUUCCCAACAAAUGCUUGAAAUUCAGGAAAGGUUAAGAAUAUUUCGUUCCCAGCUUCAGCUGCAUAUGCAGCCUCAGCAACACCAUCAACAAAUGCAACAACCUCGAGCAAAGGUGCAUGUCCAGCAGCAAGGACAGAUGAUGAACCAGCAGUCUCAACAAAUGGGACAGAUGCGAACAAUGCAAGGAGGGGCCCCACCCCCUAUGCAGCCUAAUCACAUGAAUGGACAACCCAAUCAACAACAGCAGCAGCAGCAAGGUUACCCCAGAGGUCCAAGUCUUUCAGGCCAGUCUGGUAUUCCGAUGUCCAACUCUCGAUCUGUACACUCACCCCAGAAAGUGCAACCCUUCCAGGUAAGCACUUGUGUCAGUUUGUUUGGAGUAUUUUGAUUAUAGGUAAUUGCUAGUUUCAGGAGCCAUCUAUUUUUUAAAAAGUCAUACCCAAUUUUUUAAGAGUGGUUUUGUGCGGCAUUGUGGUGACAAUGGUAAUUUAUAUUUAGUCAACUUUUCCACAAUGAGCUCAAAUUUUCUAGGUGAUAAUUUCUAUUUCCAUUUCUUUUCUAGAAUUAUAGGUUGGUUAUUACAUAUUUCAUUGCCCCUUUAGAGGAUACAACUAUGAUAGUUAAUUUACUUCUUUAGAGUAAAUUGUGGAAAUAGGUCGUAUACUUUGUUUUAAAUGAGUUUUUUUAUUGCUCAUACUUCAAAAAUUCGUAUGGCAAAUGUUGAUAACUGUCAGAAAGUGAUGUGGUAGAACUAUUUUGGGCAAUUUAUUAAGGUAAUUCAACAUUAUGCAUGGUGAUGAAAUUUUUCUGUAUUCUUGCCAUCAACUUAAAAAAUCAACUUAAUACAUCUGUUUAGCAAUAGAUGGCAUUUAAAGUAUCUCCUGAUAAUGGAUGUAUUGUUUGGCGGCAUUAUGAAAUGCUUGACUCAAUAUGCAGCAAAUUCAUCCACCUAACUGAUUUUCAUGAGUUUAAAUUUAAAGAAAUUACUCAUGAUAUGCUCACUGUCAUUGAUGACUUCACCUUAAAACUGAUGGCAUUGAGAUCUUCAAGACGAAUAUAGGUUGAAAUAAAAGUUGAACUCCCUUGUUGUCCACAAGGCCUUUGCAAAGAGAUGUCAAAUCCUGAUUUAAUGUGCACAGCAAUGGAAAUAUAUCCCAGUGAUCAAAAUAAUUAAACUUAAGUGCUAAUCCACAUGUGGGCAAAAGCAGAAGGCAUAUUGGCAGUGUUGCUACGCUUAUUAUAGUAUCAGUGUUGUUAUGAUCAUUUCUAACACAUUACUUGUGAUGAUCAGAUAAAUUAUGUACCAUAUUUUCUCAACCCUUCCACCCCGCAGGAGCCCCUUCCCACAUUAUUUCUUCAGGCAAUGUAUGAAAUUAAUUCUUGUGUUGUGAUCAUCUAGUUCUAAUUGCAAACUUCUAGCAAGUAUCAUUUGAAGAGCGCUUCUCUUAAAAUAUGACCUGUUUCUCACAUUUUUCAGGACACUGACUCCAAUAUGUAAGGUUGCUGACAAAAGCUCCAAUUGAAUUAUGAACUCUUUAAUCGUGAGAAAGAAAAAUGUAACCUUUCUUCAAAUUGAAAAUUGAAAUAACCAUUAAAGUAACUACUCUUCCAUUUGUGCAAUUUGACAUUCAAGAAAAGGUGUCACUAAGUCAUACGGUACCUAUUACCUAGAAAUGAAUUCUGUGCCUUUGAUCAAAAUGGUUGGCCCAACUCACUGAUUUACUUAGAUUGAAGUGGCAUCAGCUUGUCUUUUAGUCAACACAAAACCAUGAAUUUAUUGCUUGGUUGUAGACUGUUCAAAAUAAAUACAGUAAACUACCAAAAAAAAAAAAAGGCAUUGAUUUAUUUUUUGUACAGUUACUAAAAACUAAAGACAACCGUAUUUUUAUAACAAGUUGUUUUUCUUUUAGUAAACACAAAACCUUGAAUUUUUUUCUUGGUUGUAGACUGUUCAAAAUAAAUACAGUAAACUACAAAAAAAAAAAAAAAGGCAUUGAUUUAUUUUUUGUACAGUUACUAAAAACUAAAGACAACCGUAUUUUUAUAACAAGUUGAAGCUGAAAGUCUUAAGUUAUCAUUGGCCUGCCCAUCACUGUCAUCAUAAUGACACCACUGUCUAUAAAAGCAAACAAGACAUGUGCAUUGACUUAACUUGUUGCUCACUGUUGUUUACACUGACCACCUCUGAUGCUUUGGGGGAUUAUUUCUUAACAUUAUUAAUCAUUUGAAUUCUCAGAUUUUAUGUUUUGAAUUUUUAAAUGUUUAUUUGAGCAAUCAAUCUCAUAACAUAUUUAAUUAACUUGAUCAUAAUCACAUUCUAUCACACAAAUUCGAGGAAUAAUUAUAUUUUUAUAAGAGGAAUCUUUUCAAUCGGGGUCAUGCCAUUCAUCAAACAAAACUUUCAUAAAAACAGUCAAAAUCAGGGCCAAUAGCUACGCAUUAUUAGUUUUGUUAAUGCUAAAAACUAUGGCCAGGUUGAGACAUUGACUCGUGCAUAGGCUACAUAAGGCCAGGUUGAGACAUUGACUCGUGCAUAGGCUACAUAAGGCCAGGUUGAGACAUUGACUCGUGCAUGCAUAGGCUACAUAAGGCCAGGUUGAGACAUUGACUCUGCAUAUGCUACAUAAGGCCAGGUUGAGACAUUGACUCGUGCAUAGGCUACGGUUGAGACAUUGACUCGUGCAUAGGCUACAUAAGGCCAGGUUGAGACAUUGACUCGUGCAUAGGCUACAUAAGGCCAGGUUGAGACAUUGACUCGUGCAUAGGCUACAUAAGGCCAGGUUGAGACAUUGACUCGUACAUAGGCUACAUAAGGCCAGGUUGGGUAAGAAAAAAAAAGGCAAUUAUUUUUUUUUUAAAUUUACGGUUCUGUCAAAGGGCCCACAACUUUUACACGACUAGGUGCUGUGAGUAGCUGAAUUAAUUCCCUUUGCAACCAUUUUGUUCAGCACAAGACUGUUUUUUUUUUAGUGGUUUUCAUUCGCAACUUUUCGUGCAUAAGUGAUUAAAAUUUUAUUCAAUUAGCAUACACACUCGACAGACUGCUUCCUUAACAUUAAACCCUCUAUAUUUUCCAAGUACUUAAUAAAACCACCGAUCUUGAUGCCAUGCUUUAGUCUUUGUUAAACAUUUUGUGCUCGGAUUUAACACUAAAUUAAUGCAUAUCUCGGCCCCCGGUCACACUGUUAUACGGAACGCUCUGUUAAGUAAUCCAAACACAAUGGGAAAAAAAUUGUUUUAAUGAGUUAUGCGCCCCCCCCCCUAUUUCUCUUUCUUUCAUGUUAAACAUUAUAAACCCUUUGCAUUUGUUGUUGAUGAUAUUUUUGUUGUUCAAGUUCGCGCCAUUUGGUGUGUCUACAUAAUUAUUGUUUAGCUUUGGUUCCCUCGAAUGUAAACAUGAAGACAUCGAUUCUUUGCAGUUAAUUUUGUUGGUUUAUUCAUUCAUCUAUUUGAUGUGCUUAAACAAUAAGUGUACUGUUGCAUGAAUUAUGACGUACUGGGUCGUCACAAACAUAACCAGCCAGCAGGUAGGGUUUUUUUAGAAGGGAUGCAGACAAUGACAGAUAUAGCUCGUUGCAAGAUAACUGCUGUACCCUAAAUAGAAAAACUUCCUUUUUUUUUUCUUCCCGAAAAAAAAUUAAUGUCGCGUGCUUGCGAGCUGCUGGCGCGCGCAUGUGUUCGCCACUCCCUUCCUAUCGGCAGUACUACUCUUUGUUCCUACUUGUAUGGGAGGCCAAGGAGGAGGGGCAGCCGCCGCCUAGUUUAAAAAAAAGACAGGUGCGUUGAAUCAACUAUUGCUUAACCCCACUAUUUUUGUAUUUAUAAAAAAAAUAAAAAAAAUUAUAACACGAUUGAUUCUAUAGAUGUCAGUCCAACUAUCAACCUAGUCAGAGUUUUAAUUCAUCCUGUAGAGGCCAGUCCAAUUAUCAACCUAGUCAAAGUUUUACUUGAUUCUAUAGAUGUCAUUCCAACUAUCAACUUGGUCAAAUUGUACUGUUCAGUUUGUGUGUUCACUGUUGUCUUUCCCGUUUGAGCUACGUAAUGAGGCUCGCGUGUAGAUUCAAAAUUAUAACUUCAGUGUUGACAGACCUCCCUAGGGACUCCUUCCACCAGUAGAUUAUUAGAACGUGUCAUUAAGUUGACAGACCUCCCUAGCGACUCCUUCCACCAGUAGAUUAUUAGAACCUGUCAUUAAGUUGACCCAGUCACCUUAAGUUUCGAUUUUUAAUUUUUAAAAAUUUUUACACGUUGUAAAAGCUAGUUAGAAGUUUGUGCUUCCGUUUUAAAAGGUAAUUUUAUUUUUAUAUAUAUAUAUAUAUAUAUAUAUAUAUAUAAUAUAUAUAUAUAUAUAUUUAAAAAAAAAAAAACUUUCUUGAUCGUUGCAUUUGAACCUGAAAACGAAAGAAAAUGUGGAAUAACUAACCCGAGCAUUUUAGCCCUGGUUUGCUUUGUGAGUCACAGGCCAUGUCGGAAGACCUACAUGAGGUGUGUACCUUUAGCAAUGGUCUACACUAAUAAUAAUAUGAUAAGAUUGAAAGUGGGUGGAGGUGGGGGCUGUGUGAUUAAACCCAUUUCUACAGCAAAGCAUCUCUCUCCAGCCACCAAGGUGUGUCUCAACGCCACACACUACCAGCAAUUACUAACGAGUGGUGUGUUUGGCCGGGGGGGGGGUGGGGCUUCUCUCACCUAUUUAUGGGUGGGUGACGUACUUAAAAUAAGGCUGUGUGGUGUUGAAUUCUUUGUCAGUCUGCUAUUUAUUCCCCUCCCCUCGUUCACGUCUCCUUCCUGUCUGUGCUUGAUUCUUUUGUAAACAAGGGGAACACAUAGACACCAAUACAAGCUAAACACAUCCGAUUGUACAAGUUGUGGCCUAUUUUUUGUGUUAACCAAUCAAAAGUUUUGGCAAUUUAAGGAGAAACCUUUUAUCCACCGCCACCUCUAUUUUAAUUUUUUUUUAAACUUGUGAUUAUUGAAAUCUGUGCCACUGCGCAUGUCCACACAGUACAUCAAAAAAUGCGAGCUUGGGUAAGCGUUUUUUUUUUUUUCUUCAAUUAUUUUUUUUUAAAAUAUGUAAUUAAUUGUUUCGUGUGAAGUUGUGCUGGAAGUAAACCAAGUGAACGGAAGGUUUGAACACGAUAACGUCUUGGCACUCCAUUGCAUAAACAUGAUGACCAUCUCGUCCCUUUUAAAAAUCAGUUAAAUUUUUAUUUUUUUUUUUAAAGCACUACCUAGUUGUAUUGAGGUGUUGAGCUAUUUUAUACUGAGUUAUACCUUUGAUCGUUUUCUUUGUGUGUCCUCUGUCAGUACCGACAAACCUAACCAUUUCUUGUACAGGCCUACAGUCUCCCAGUGUUCCCUGUCAGUACCGACAAACCUAACCAUUUCUUGUACAGGCCUACAGUCUCCCAGUGUCCCCUGUCAGUACCGACUAACCUAACCAUUUCUUGUACAGGCCUACAGUCUCCCAACUACUAGAUCAGCGACAUCCAUUUGGCAACGCCUGAAAUGUUCCGUUCACUUCUACUCUGAUCAUAUCCAUCAUAGACUAUAUGCAUACUACUAAAAACCCACCGUCCUUCUCUACAUCAGGUUGUAGACGACUACACCGGAUGCAUUCCCCUAGAUUCACCGGUUUGAUACGUAACUUAUUCACCUUUGAUUUGCUAAGUAAGAAAAAAGAAAGUUAUAAAUAGUGUUGCCCGCCGGCAGUCGCCCCUCUCUCGGUGGCUAGCUUCCCCCACCGAUCAUUUCUUUUCAGUUAGAAUAACUGUCUCUUGCUGUAACACGCCUGUGAACAACUCGUGUAUCGACCCGACCAGUGAAAUAAUAACUACCGCUUUCAAUGUUAAUAUUUAACUGUUAAAACAGCCGCGCCGUGAGUCACCGCCACCGUAGGCCUUGACCUUGUGCCAUCAUCAACUGAUGUAACUUGUCAGGUUGAAAUGAUUCUGGUAGAUUAGUUGUGCGUCUCUGCCUGUCGAUAGCAUUGCUUUUUUUCUUCUUUUUUUUUUUUAAGUUCUGCUGGAUCCAUUUACAUCAUGGAUGUGGUAUCGAUUAUUUUAUUUUAAUACAUCGCCCGUGCUUAAGUUUGGACCAGUCAAUUUUCUUGACUCGCUUGUAGCAAAACGGUGUACUGCUGUAAGCUGCUGGAAGAAGUGUUGCACAUUCAAUAAGAAUGGGGGAGUUUCAACAAGACAUGUGACUUGAACUUUCGCAGGUGUUCAGGUUGUAGUAAUGCUAUACUUAAAUACAACCUAGAGUCAUCGACAAGCAUGCUUGUCAAAUCCAAUUUUUCCAAAAUCCAAAUUCUGCACAUGACAUUGAAAAAAAAAAAAGUUUUUUUACCAAUUACAAUUUUGAGAAAACUUGCUUUAUGUAAGCAUGUGUAGAGAAAGUCGAACAGGCGGCGAAACACUUAGUGAGUGAUUAAAACAUGCUACAUUUCAACGAUCAUAUCAACUAUCAUCUUAUUCAAAUUCAAAAUGAUGAUACUAAAAAUUACCCAAAAUAACUUUUUUUAAAAUGUCUACAGUAAGUUUUUGGGAUAUUUUCGUGCUACAUUAAUUACAUAUGUCUGCGGGAAUCAAAUGAUUUUUUUAACCCCCCCCCCUUAUGUGUGAUCCGUGAUCCGGCAAGACGUGUUUAGCGCUAUUCUCACCAGUUUUAUUUGCUAAUAAUAAUAAUGUAGAGAAAGUAACUAACGUUAUUUCCGAAUCCGUGUUGACUAAGGCGGAUUAAAUAAAAUAACUUAUUUAAUUGCUAUUGAUUGCCCCUGUUGCUACCAUCUCGGCACAGUGGUGGUUUCUACUUGUGUGCCAGCCCUCUGCACGCCUCACGCGCACCACACGUACUGCUGCACCACCGCACUACUAGACGCACCGUUGUAGCUCCUCCCUGACCGCACCGAGUAGUGUGGGUGUGUUGUGAAUCAUGUACUAGCGUUGGCAAUAAAAUUUAUGAUUAAAUUGAGACAAGUGCCGGUCUUAUUAUGUAAGGAGAGAGGGGAGGGAAGCGUCGUGGUGAGAUGCUGUGGCAUCAAUGUACAGAAGGAAAAAAAUAAUCGAUAAAGUUACUGAUGAGUUUAGAUUUUAUUCCAGCCCGCUGUCCUUUUUCUCCCCCCACCACCAUGUCGAUAGUUGUGUUAUCCACCACCCCACUUUCGUGGGAGGAAUCAUCACCACCCAUCCAAGCAGUUUCAAACGAAAUCAUUUUUUUUCUCCACUGUGUCAGGUUAUGAAAGUUGGAUGAGUAUUUCUGUGCUAACAGGGAUGUGUCGGUAUGUUUGUGUGAGUCGCGAAUGUGCUUUGGGAUUUCUGCUUUAAAAUAUGAUACACGUGUGUGUGAAGUUUGAGCCAACCUCAUGAUCGAUGUGGCUCAUAAAGACAUUGCAGGGGAUAGUGUUGCGCGGGCUUCGUGUAUUCCUUUGAAGGAGCGCGCCGGGCGGUGCAAUGGCAGCAGAUACAAGUUAUGUCAUGCAUGAACGUUACUUACGGUCAAUGCCCAGCUGGGAUGUCCUGACGACAAGUGACUGUCGGUGCAUUUGAAAUGGCCAGUGCACGACCUUGACAUUGUUUGGAUCAUCCUUUUUGGUCCUUAUUUAGUUAGGUGACAGGUGACAAUGACCAAUACUACAGUCACGGGAUGGCUUAUUUGGUCGAUCUAGUCCAGGGCAUUUUUAAUACUUGACAAAGGGCUGUCUUAGACGAAUCUUUGAGUUCUAUUCUAUCAAGAAUGCGUGUUGGCUGAGGUGUCUGGUGUCAACUCUCAGCCAUCCAACACAUCCGUCCCACGUCACCGCAGGGUGAUAGUUGGCCACCCGCAAAGCUGUUUUAGUGUUUCACACUUCCAAGAAAUACUCGUGGUAACCUUCACUUGCACGCUCGUGUUCCGUUCACAAUUCUUAGUCUUUUUCUUACACGCUCGUGUUCCGUUCACAAUUCUUAGUCUUUUUCUUACACGCUCGUGUUCCGUUCACAAUUCUUAAUCUUUUUCUUACAUGCGCGUGUUCCGUUCACAAUUCUUAGUCUUUUUCUUACACGCUCGUGUUCCGUUCACAAUUCUUAGUCUUUUUCUUACACGCUCGUGUUCCGUUCACAAUUCUUAGUCUUUUUCUUACAUGCGCGUGUUCCGUUCACAAUUCUUAGUCUUUUUCUUACAUGCGCGUGUUCCGUUCACAAUUCUUAGUCUUUUUCUUACACGCUCGUGUUCCGUUCACAAUUCUUAGUCUUUUUCUUACAUGCGCGUGUUCCGUUCACUAUUCUAUGAUAAAACUCAAUGUUAAGACCGUGUCUUAGUUCUAAUUACACAUUGUCGGUAAACGGUUUCAAUUGUAAACCUCCAUUCUAGUGUCCAUCUUUAUUUGCUAUUAAAAAUGUCAUGCGUUUUGAUAGUUGAACAUUGUGUAAAUAAGUUUGGUGUUAUUUUACUUGACAAGGAAGUUUUUUUUCUUUAUUUUUUAUUCACACCAAGUGCUCUUUUCCAAUCACCAAAGUGCAGUUUUCCAAUUGUUAUCUUCAUCUCUCAAAAUCCAACACUGUUCCCGGCGCAUGCGCUGAGAGCAACUUGCACCUAUAGUCUAGUCUUUUGUAAUGAUGAAAUGUUUUACAGUCAGCGCUGCAUGUUGAGCUAACGCCGCCGGCAAGCACGUGUACGUCGGGGGGGGGGGUCCUAACCCUGCCCCCCCCCGUCCCGGACGCCCCACCCCAUCCCCUUACCCUACCUCCCCCCCUCAUGCGCUGAGAGCAACUUGCACCUAUAGUCUAGUCUUUUGUAAUGAUGAAAUGUUUUCCAGUCAGCGCUGCAUGUUGAGCUAACGCCGCCGGCAAGCACGUGUACGUCGGGGGGGGGGUCCUAACCCUGCCCCCCCCCGUCCCGGACGACCAUACCUAUCCCCUUACCAUACCUCACCCCCGUACUAUUUCAGAUUUUAUUUAAUAGCGCUCCCCUCACCCCUCAUCUUGGUUUUUAGUUGGCCCAGCCCACAGCUAGCAGCUCUACAUAAUGGAAUAGUUGUAUAGAGAAGAGCCUACAAAAAGCAAUCAAUAAUUUGUGAGCGAGGGCGAGGGCAACAGCACGCUUUCUACCCGCUCGCUUUUCAUGUUUAUUGUUCCGUUUCAGAAUAUUGGCAUGUGCUCUCGCUUACCUCCCUGAACCCCACCCACCCAGACAUAUAACCUCAGCUCACACCCACCCCCCCACAUCAGCUCACACACCACCACCCCCCCACAUCAACUCACACACCACCCACCCCACUGCGUUCUUAAUCCAGCACCGACCAUCAUAACCAUCACAACACAUUCUGUCAGCUGUUUGAGGGCCACCGACUUCUUUGUCUCGCCACUACAAGCAUGCUGACUGACUCGUGGCGCUAAUCAACGUUUCUUGGACUCCAUAGUGUUGUACUGACCCCAGUUCGAUCUCACCCUCCUCUUCCACGCCCAACCUCCUCUUCCACGCCCAACCUCCUCUUCCACGCCCAACCUCCUCUUCCACACCUAACCUUCUCUUCCACACCCAACGUCCUCCUCCACGCCCAACCUCCUCUUCCACACCUAACCUUCUUUUCCACACCCAGCCUUCUCUUCCACACCCAACCUCCUCUUCCACAUCCAACCUUCUCUUCCACAUCCAACCUUCUCUUCCACACCCAACCUUCUCUUCCACACUCAACCUUCUCUUCCACACCUAACCUUCUCUUCCACCCCAAACUCCUCUUCCACACCCAACGUCCUCUUCCACACCCAACCUCAUCUUCCACACCCAACCUCAUCUUCCACACCCAACCUCAUCUUCCACACCCAACCUUCCCUUCCACACCCAACCUUCUCUUCUAAUCUAAACCUAACCUUCCCUGCCACAUCCACCCAAACUACAUUUUAGGGGGCUGCACCUCCCCAGCUUUUUACCUGCAACAUGAACCUAUUGCUUUCACUGACCUGCGACUGUGUUGCGAUUGAGUGGUACACUCCUAGUGAAGUUUGUAGUCAUUUAUAGUGUUAUACAUGUGCUUAGAGUUUGAUGGAACGAGUGUAAUAUUAAAAAAAAAAAAAUCAAUUGAAAUGAAUUUGAUUGAGCUGAGUGGGGUUUGCUUUGUUGAUUGAAAUCAACUGUUAGUCUUCACUUGGAAGAACUAUUUGUGGCCCGUAACAAGUUGUGCCAAUGAUUUGACAUGCAGUUAUCUCCCAUAGGCGGGGAUAAAACAUUGGGCCCUCUCUUACGCUGCGUUGGUUGGAUUUUAAAUAAAAAAAAGAGAAGUGAUUGAAAGUGCACUCGGUGACAGUGGAACUACUUACAACAAUAACAUACAUGUUUAGUAUCGACACCAGUGUGCUGGUGAUGAAUGUAGGAUGCGCACACUUGCUGGACAGUACAAGGAUCUCGUGCGCUAGCACCAAUCACAAUGUGUACUAUUAGAGCCGCUCAUGACGUGUACUGGCUUACACGACCUUGACUUUGGAUUACUAGCAUGAAUAUGGUCAUUUUUCAGGUCAGUAUCCUUUUAAGAUACAUUCUAAAAGACCUUCACAUAUUUAUUUUUUUCAUUUUUAGCCCGUUUCAUAACUAAGUAAAGAAACCCAUAGCAUUUAAUAUACGUAGAGAUCUAUCAAAUAAUAAUCUAUUGAUUGUAUUCAAUAAUACAUACAACUCUUCACCUGGAGGGCGGAGGUGGCAUAAUAGGUUAACUGUUAACUUCAUCUAGAGGGGCUGAACGGGAACAGUGUUUGGUGGGGAGGGAGGGUGUUAAACUGGGAAGGUGUUUAAAUACUAACAAUAGUUCGCUAAUGACUCAAUAGUAUUACCAGAGGGCCUAGCGCCCCGUCGUGUAUACCUGCAUAUUUCUUGUACUCCUCUGCCCAUGUUAUGUACACCAGCCUAUGUCUAGUACACCUCUGGCUAUUUCAUGUACAAACUGCCUAUUUCGUGUACACCUGCCUAUUAUAUUGACAAACUGCCUAUUUCGUGUACACCUGCUCAUUAUAUUGACAAACUGCAUAUUUCGUGUACACCUGCCUAUUAUAUUGACAAACUGCCUAUUUUGUGUACCCUGCCUAUUAUAUGUACAAACUGCAUUUCGUGUACACAUCUGCCUAUUUUGUGUUUAGUACAUUUCUGCCUCUGCCAUGUGUACUCCUGCAUGUCUAGUAUACCGCUGCCCAUUUUGUGUACAGUACACCUGUCUAUAUUGAAAACAUGCCAUCGCGAUGUCCUGUUCAACGUGGUAGUUUGAUUGGCACCAGAAGUUCUCCUAAAAACGAUGCGUGUAGCCCCCCCCCCACCCUAUGUUCAGUAUGUGUCAGUACGUUGUCUGUUUUCAGCAUGGACAUGUCUCUUUGUUUCAUUCGCGUGAUUUCCGCUUUGGCUGUCGUCUAACCUGAAUGUUAUGUAUAAGAUGCCGUUGCUUUAUAGUCUUGGCCACUUAAAGCCACUUGAUGGGAGAGAAAACAACAGCCUUCAGCCAUCAAACGAAUACACUGUGCGCGUAAUGGUCCUUGUAGGAUGUGUAUCAAGUAGGGCGGACACGGACACCCGGAAAUACCGAGUAUGGCGCACAAGCCACGUACCUGGACUCGGAAAAAAUCUUAACCGGGUCCGGGUGUUUAAAAAAGAAUUGUAUCUUCUUCUCCAACAUGUGUUCCAGCCGGUGGGUGGGGAGAACGAGAGAAACAUAAAUCUCUCCUUUAAAACAAUCAUUUUGAGAGCUGCCAGUUUCCAAGAUGUUUGGUCCAAAGUGUUGCUCUGACCCACUUAACCUAGUGCAGAGAGCUUCAAGUUUCCAAGAUGUUUGGUCCAAACUGUUGCUCUGAUCCACUUAACCUAGUCCAGAGAGCUUCAAGUUUCUAAGAUGUUUGGUCCAAAAUGUUGCUCUGACCCACUUAACCUAGUGCAGAGAGAUUCAAGUUUCCAAGAUGUUUGGUCCAAAAUGUUGCUCUGACCCACUUAACCUAGUGCAGAGAGAUUCAAGUUUCCAAGAUGUUUGGUCCAAAAUGUUGCUCUGACCCACUUAACCUAGUGCAGAGAGAUUCAAGUUUCCAAGAUGUUUGGUCCAAAAUGUUGCUCUGACCCACUUAACCUAGUGCAGAGAGAUUCAAGUUUCCAAGAUGUUUGGUCCAAAAUGUUUCUCUGACCCACUUAACCUAGUCCUGUGAGCUGCCAGUUUCCAAGAUGUUUGGUCCAAAAUGUUGCUCUAACCCACUUAACCAAGCCCAGAGAGCUGCAAGUUAAUACCAAAGCUUUAGUCAGACGACAUCAUUUAAGCUUUCGAGUUUUGGACAAUCCUCUUUUUACAGACUCUAUUUUUAUGUAGAUAGCGAAUUUAAAAGACAUAUUUAUCUAUCAGUAAUUAUUCUAUUCACCCUUGACAUUGCUUGGGCAUGAUAACUAACGUUAAGAUUUGAACAAAACUCUCCAAAUAAAGGGUUAUUUUAAUUUAUUUCUAAUUUCUCUGUAAUCUAAAAAGUCUAUACCAAAAUGGGUCUGUGCUAUUCCCUGUAAUCUAAUUAGUCUAUAUACCACCAAAAGUUCUGUGCUAUUCCCUGUAAUCUAAUUAGUCCAGUUACCACCAAAAGUUCUGUGCUAAUCCCUGUAAUCUAAUUAGUCUAGUUACCACCAAAAGUUCUGUGCUAUUCCCUGUAAUCUAAUUAGUCUAGUUACCACCAAAAGUUCUGUGCUAUUCCCUGUAAUCUAAUUAGUCUAGUUACCACCAAAAGUUCUGUGGUAUUCCCUGUAAUCUAAUUAGUCUAGUUAGCACCAAAGGUUCUGUGCUAUUCCCUGUAAUCUAAUUAGUCUAGUUACCACCAAAGGUUCUGUGGUAUUCCCUGUAAUCUAAUUAGUCUAGUUACCACCAAAGGUUCUGUGCUAUUCCCUGUAAUCUAAUUAGUCUAGUUACCACCAAAAGUUCUGUGCUAUUCCCUGUAAUCUAAUAAGUCUAUAUACGACCAAAAGUUCUGUGCUAUUCCCUGUAAUCUAAUUAGUCUAGUUACCACCAAAGGUUAUGUGCUAUUCCCUGUAAUCUAAUUAGUCUAGUUACCACCAAAAGUUCUGUGCUAUUCCCUGUAAUCUAAUUAGUCUAGUUACCACCAAAGGUUAUGUGCUAUUCCCUGUAAUCUAAUUAGUCUAGUUACCACCAAAGGUUAUGUGCUAUUCCCUGUAAUCUAAUUAGUCUAGUUACCACCAAAGGUUCUGUGCUAUUCCCUGUAAUCUAAUUAGUCUAGUUACCACCAAAGGUUCUGUGCUAUUCCCUGUAAUCUAAUUAGUCCAGUUACCACCAAAGGUUCUGUGCUAUUCCCUGUAGUCUAAUUAGUCUAGUUACCACCAAAAGUUCUGUGCUAUUCCCUGUAAUCUAAUUAGUCUAGUUACCACCAAAGGUUCUGUGCUAUUCCCUGUAAUCUAAUUAGUCUAGUUACCACCAAAGGUUCUGUGCUAUUCCCUGUAGUCUAUAAAGUCUAGUUACCACCAAAAGUUCUGUGCUAUUCCCUGUAAUCUAAUUAGUCUAGUUACCACCAAAGGUUAUGUGCUAUUCCCUGUAAUCUAAUUAGUCUAGUUACCACCAAAGGUUCUGUGCUAUUCCCUGUAAUCUAAUUAGUCUAGUUACCACCAAAGGUUCUGUGCUAUUCCCUGUAGUCUAAUUAGUCUAGUUACCACCAAAGGUUCUGUGCUAUUCCCUGUAAUCUAAUUAGUCUAGUUACCACCAAAGGUUCUGUGCUAUUCCCUGUAAUCUAAUUAGUCUAGUUACCACCAAAGGUUCUGUGCUAUUCCCUGUAGUCUAAUUAGUCUAGUUACCACCAAAGGUUCUGUGCUAUUCCCUGUAAUCUUAUUAGUCUAGUUACCACCAAAGGUUCUGUGCUAUUCCCUGUAAUCUAAUUAGUCUAGUUACCACCAAAGGUUCUGUACUAUUUCCUGUAAUCUAAUUAGUCUAGUUACCACCAAAGGUUCUGUGCUAUUCCCUGUAGUCUAUAUAGUCUAGUUACCACCAAAGGUUCUGUGCUAUUCCCUGUAAUCUAAUUAGUCUAGUUACCACCAAAGGUUCUGUGCUAUUCCCUGUAAUCUAAUUAGUCUAGUUACCACCAAAGGUUCUGUGCUAUUCCCUGUAAUCUAAUUAGUCUAGUUACCACCAAAGGUUCUGUGCUAUUCCCUGUAAUCUAAUUAGUCUAGUUACCACCAAAGGUUCUGUGCUAUUCCCUGUAAUCUAAUUAGUCUAGUUACCACCAAAGGUUCUGUGCUAUUCCCUGUAGUCUAAUUAGUCUAGUUACCACCAAAGGUUCUGUGCUAUUCCCUGUUAUCUAAUUAGUCUAGUUACCACCAAAGGUUAUGUUUUAUGCCCGACAACACAGAAAGGAAAACAGCACACAUGUAAAACCAAUUUUUUUUUAUUAGUUUCAGACGAUAUAUUAGACUUUCUUAAAACAUGAUGAGUCACUAAUGAUGAUUACAUGUACGUUCUUGUAUGGUCACUGCAUGGAUAAGGUCAACUAAUGAUGAUUACAUGUACGUUCUUGUAUGGUCACUGUAGGGAUAUGAUUUACUACUGAUUAGUAUGUGCCCGUGUAGUCACUGUAUGGUUAUGAUACUGUAUGGAUAUGAUUUACUAAUGAUUAGUAUGUGUCCGUGUAGUCACUGAAUGGAUACAGCUAAACAAACACACACUGAGCUGUGCAAACACGUGUUAUGAUAAGCCAUAGACCAGAUUUGAGGGUCGUCCACGGCAGAACAUUGAUAUAUGUAUAUUAUAUAUUUAUAUUAAAAUCUCUUUGGCUCUAGUUAAGACGCUACCCUGAGGCCAUUAGCCCAUGUCAGAUCUUUACCCUGUCAGCUCCGAUGAUGUAUUCCAACUCUGAUACAAAUGGCUGCCGGCUUGAUGACUUCAUAUUAAUAUACAACAUACACGUCUAUCGAUCGAGCCCCCCCGUUCCUGGGUCAGUUUGCUAAUGCAUAAGAUGAUAAUAAAAUGAAUAAAAAUGGUAUUGAUUGCCGUCAACUGCGUGAAUGAUCAACAGUAGCCACUAAUAGGUCGAGCCAUGCUAUGUGGCAUUGCCUGGUCGAAACAAUAGCUUCAGAGAACAUGUACUACAAGUUUCUUGGGGUUCUUACGGUACCUUAGGUCGAGCAAGGCUAUGUGGCAUUGUCUGGUCAAAACAAUAGCUUCAGGGAAAAUUUAGUACACGUUUCUUGGUGUUCUUACGGUACCUUUAGUCGAGCCACGCUAUGUGGCAUUGUCUGGUCGAAACAAUAGCUUCAGAGAACAUUUAGUACAAGUUUCUUGGUGUUCUUACGGUACCUUAGGAUUGAGCCAUCCUAUGUGGCAUUGCCUGGUCAAAACAAUGGCUCCAGGGAACAUUUAGUACAAGUUUCUUGGUGUUCUUACGGUACCUUCCUGUCUUAUGUGUGUUCUUACCUUACCUUCCUUGUCUGGUGUCUGUUAUCUUCCCUUCGUACCUAAAGUCUGCUGUAAGCGUCUUUGUUGCUGGAAUAGCUGUUUAAUGUUAAAAUUACCGCAAAACUAAAUUUAAUUCUUGUUAUAUUCUUUGAAUAUUCUUUUUUUGUUUAUUGUUAACAUUUGUGAUCCUUGAAGAUGUUACAAUUUUGGACAUUCCUGUUUCCCUGCAACAUUAUUUCCAAACUACGUCCCAUGCUGAGAGACUCUGUGGAUGUUGUCCUGGUAACCAUGCCGUUAGCUUAGGUAUUUAAUGGAUGCAUCAUUUGAGGGUCUAAGUUGCUUGCCUACCUUGUUUCAGCGUGAUAGUGAUAGUGCUUAUGGCAUGUCUGUACAUCCCGCAGCCAGCCAGCCAGCAUUGACAGUAUCCUAUUCAGAUACAGCCGCUUCUUAAAUUGUAUACAUUAUUCUACAGCUCUCUCUCUCUCACUCACCUUUUGCUUUCGAUGGCUCAUUUCCUGGGUUGUCUACUAUACGACCUUUGACCCCCCAUCCCCUUUUUUAAGUUCCUAAUGUUAAACUUGAUCAGAUUUGCCGAGAAAAGCGAGUAUCUUGGUGAGCACAACUGUUGUUGGUAUUCCUAUUGACCCAACAACACCGCGCCUUACUACCAUUUUGGAAUAUUCCAGUAUCGUCUGCUGUCUGUUUGCCCAUUGCUUUUAACAGGCCUGCGUUAAUUUUUGUUCUAGGUUUAUCGACCCACUAUUUAUAGACACUUGGAACGCCUUAAUUUCUUUGUGGGACUGUUGAGAUAAUUCUUUAGAAAUGAAUGGCUUUAUAGUAGGCUGAAUAUCGGUGCUUAUCGCUCGUGAAACUACGUGCCGGCCAUAAGCGUGUGCUUUUAUUCCAGUAGUCUCAGUAGUAGUGGUUUGUGUUGGUCUUAAUGACUUUCAAAACUCGUACAUUAAGCCUUGGUUAAGUCCGAGCAUUCUUAAAGUCCGAGCAUGCUACAUUAUAUUGUAAUUUCUUUGUUGUAUGUUUCUGUGUCAUAUUAAAGACUUUGGGACUAAAUCCCUAAGUGACCACCCCCCCCCCCUCUUUUUUUUUUUUUUUUUUUUUGUUUCUUUUUAAGACUUUUGGACCAAAUCCCCUAAGGGCCCCCCCCCCCCCCCCCUCUUUUCUUUCCUUGCCCACACCGUCUGUAGUCUGUACGUGAAACAAUCUUUCUGAGUUGAACUCCCCCAACACACACCAUAAAUUUAUACUCUCGUAACCAGCAGCCAAUGUCAAACUUUACACACACAAUUUAUAAAAAGCCCGACAGGUAAAAGAUUUUUUUCUCUCUCUUUUGAACUCCCCAGGGCAGCGCCUCAUAACCUUUACAAUAACAACAUUGUAGACUUGGAUAUUGUUUGUGCCGUGUGUCGGGGUGGAUGGGUGGGGAGCACGCUCAGGCAUGCUUUACCAGGCAGGGGCGCACGCGGGGACUCUCCGAGGUCAUCAUUUUAUCUAGGGCAUUUAUCAAUAUUUUAGAGGGCCUUUGUUUGAAGGCUAGUGCUGCGCUCUUGAAGAAAAAACGCGCGGAGGUUGGGGGGAGGGGUGUACGACCUUUUAAAACUACAAUCAUUUAUUACUUUCUAAAUUGCACUCUCCGGGGAAAAAUGCGCGCCCUGGAUAUUUUUUUAAUUUUUUUUUUUUUUUGAUGGUUGGGUUUGACAGUUUCGUGGGUAGGGGGAGGGGAUUGUACAACUUGAAUCACCUGCGGAGAUAGAGCCAGUCAUACCCCACGAACUAUCAACUACUGGCGUGGAACUAAUACACAACCGGCCAGAUUUGACUGCUCUUUAUGGCAUCGUGUCAUUGAGCAAGCCCGGCCGCAUAGUUCUCUUUGUGUCGUUCUAGUCCAAUAUGUCCUACAUCACCUCGACACACAGUUUCAAAACUACGGUUUAAUGCGCCUCUCAUCGAUCUGCUUGACUGGCGCGGAUAUACAACUACUUUUGGCUCCGAGCUGUGGGGGCUCCUUAAACUUGGACUAGCAUAAUUGUGUUGUUUUUUUUUUUUCUUCUUGUUUUUUUAAACACAGUCUGGUUUGAUGACAAAAGUUGAGCGCAAGUUUCUUUAGGACUGGAUUUGUCCAACCAACAAAUGUGCUUAAUUUCCCAGGGAUUUUGUGUGGCCAGCGCUCUUAGAGUGCUUAUGAUUUAAUGCCAUUAACGUUAAACAUGUUGUAUAUUUAUAAGGUAAGUCCGCUAUGUCCGGCCUGUGGAUGCAGGCUGUAUGAAUGAUUCAAUUAUUGCAUUAAUGUGUUCUACAGGCUGUAUGAAUGAUUCAAUAAUUGCAUUAAUGUGUUCUACAGGCUGUAUGAAUGAUUCAAUUAUUGCAUUAAUGUGUUCUACAGUAGGCUGUAUGAAUGAUUCAAUUAUUGCAUUGUGUUCUACGCCCUAGGCCUGGAGGAAGUGUAGAAAUAUAUGUCUUAUUUAUUAGCUAAUACUAUGUGCGUGCUGUGACUAUGAUCAAACAUAUUGCAUGCACUAGGCCUAUAUGUCAAUUUAUGAGCUAAUAUUGCUUUGUCCGGCCUAUUGACAAAAUGGCCUGCAGUGUGUAAAUUAGAUAUCCAACUGUUGCCAUUUUAGGUUUUUAUUGCCAUGAAGGGAUUCCCCCCCCCCCCCCCCCCCCCCCCCCCCCCCCCCCCCGUUUCAACAUUGGACUGUGACUGUGUGUGGCUUACUACAAAGGGAGUGGAGGUGGAGGGGUAAUUGUACUUAGGCUGUAGUUGGUUAUCAAUGUUCUAUACUGAGUGGUUGUGGCUACUCUAAUGGGGGUCAUCCAUGGUUGUUUCAUAGUCAGGCCUAUAAAAUACAAUCAGGCCUAUAAAAUACAAGCAGGGCUAUAACAUACAGUAAGGCCUAUAACAUACAGCCAGGCUUAUAACAUAGACAUGUCUAUAACAUACUACCACAUUUCUAAAAUUGAAUCAGUUUGGUGGUGAACCUUUCAUAUUUGUAUGAGUAGAAAGUUCAAGCCUACUUGUGUCCAUCACCCUACCCCUGUAAUCUAGACUUCUUGAUUGGUCAGGUUAUGUUACCUUUGUUUGUUUCUUGUUGUUUUUGUGUGUCAAAGAAUUAGGUCAACAACAUGGCUGUUUAAAAUGACAUGGUCCAAACAUAUAGUUUGAAUGAAAAUGACAAAGCAUACUCACUAGUUGGAGCAAAUGCACUAUGUGGUGGAGGGGCUAUAUAUUAUACUUUUUCUUAUCCUGGGAAAACGGCGAAUGAAGAUUUCAUUAUCCGCGGAUAAAAAAAUAAUUUAAAAAAAAUCAAAAAUAUAUUAUACAAUGAAUUAAACUAUUAACAAGUUGAUUUUUAUAAUGGUGUAAUUGUUAUUGUCUAGUAAUGAAUAAAAAGCAAUGUUGAGAGGUUGGUCACUUUCUACUAGUUUUCCACUGCUUAUCCCUAGUGAUGGAUAACUAACUAAUAAUAUGCUUGUUUAACAAAAAUCAGAUAUAACCGCCAGUAGAAAAAACCUUAGCACUUUGAGUUUUGCAUUCUUCUCGGGUCAUUAAUUCUAGUUUCAGUACUGUCACUAAAUAUUUCCAAGCAAAUGUUGCCGACAACUUGUAACAAGGGCUUCAUUUCCAAUAUAAAGGCUAUAGAGGUAGUGGGACACAGACAAUUUUUGUGAUUAUCAAGUUAACGGUGCAAAUGUUUCCAGCCCAUGGGAGGUGACCUCGAUUGGGCAGCAAAGGGAUUCACGUGGAGACUCCGGGGUCAAACAAUAGACUAAGAGAAGAAGUGAGGUUUAAAUAGUUUUCUUUUUGUAAUUGGUGUCUUAUAGUUUAAAUCAUGGCAUUAAAUCUAUACCGGACAAUUAAGGUUUAAAAUGUUAUGCUAUAGAAGAAUUUACCCUAUUAAAACGUCUUUUUUUCUCAAUAUAUUGUGGAAAGGACACUUUGCUUAUAUAUGAAGGUGGUUGUGUCUUGAAAACCCUUGAGAAUCUGUGUACUAAAAUCACUCUAAGACACAACUCAAUCAACCAAACGUGCCAAUCAACCAACCAAUCACUUGAUUAUUUUACUCUGUAUCACAUCGUUUGCUCCUCCCACUGUAACACUGGGCUGAAUUGUACCAUGGGCUUGAAAUUAUUCACUGAAGCUGUCAAAUUUCUUUCUAAAAAAAUGUCACUAUAGGGCUGGGCCAGAAAGUUAAAGCACAUUAUGUCAAAGCAAGACCCACUUUUUGUUUAUUGCAACAUUGAAGUAUUCCCAUAACUGGUCUGCUGUAUACUAUUGCAGGUGUGUAAUGGAUACACCAUGCCAUAACCUAAAACUUUGCACCAUGCUAUUGUUUCAUGUUUCUAUGCAUUUGUAUUUCCUUAAAGUGGAUAUUUCUUUAUUACUGGUUAAGUGUGGUUAUACAUUGGAUAUGGAUGUAUUUAAUGCAGGAGUUCUGGUGUUUUGUUUCUAUUGUCUUCAGGGUAUUUUUAUCUUUUAUACUGGAUGUGUACAUAUUUAGUACCCCAGCUUUUUGUUUCUAUUGUCUUCAGGGUAUCUUUAUCUUUUAUACUGGAUGUGUACAUAUUUAGUACCCCAGCUUUUUGUUUCUAUUGUCUUCAGGGUAUCUUUAUCUUUUAUACUGGAUGUGUACAUAUUUAGUACCCCAGCUUUUUGUUUCUAUUGUCUUCAGGGUAUCUUUAUCUUUUAUACUGGAUGUGUACAUAUUUAGUACCCCAGCUUUUUGUUUCUAUUGUCUUCAGGGUAUCUACAUCUUUUAUUCUGGAUAGGCCUAUGCACAUCUAUGUACAUAUUUGGUAAUAUAGUUUUUUGUUUUGAUUGCUUUAAGGGCAAAACAUGUCUUUUUUUCUUUUGAAGCCAAACUUUAUUUAUACUGCCAUUCUUCUCUUAAAUUGUCAAUGUAUUUGAAUAGAAUCAAGUUUUGUGGAGCAGGAGCAAAGAUGAGUACAGAGAGUGGCAACACAAUGAGGCUUGCUUGUUCAAUAUGAUGGAAACAUCGGAAAUGACACUUGCUUGUUCAGUAUGAUGGAAACAUCAGAAAUGACGCUUUCUUGUUCGAUAUGAUGGAAACAGUCAAAUGACGCUUUCUUGUUCAAUGUGAUGGAACAGUCCAAAAUGAGGUUUGCUUGUUCAGGUUGAUGGAAAUUGCCUGAAAUGAUGCUUGCUUGUUCAAUAAGAUGGAACAGUCAGAAUUGAGGCUUUCUUCACCUUCUUCUAUAUAUUAAGGGCCCACAGUCAAUGUAUUGAUCAUUCUUGCUCCUAUGUAUGUAGAGGGGAUUUGCAAUGUUUUCCUAUAGAAGAAUUUACCUUUUUUUUUUCAAUAUGAUGUAACAGUAAAAAAUGAGGCUUUCUUGUUCAAUAUGAUUGGAAAAAUCAGAUUAUCAUGUUCUUUUACAUUUCAAACAUCAUUUCCCCCAUAAGCAAGUUUAAUUUCAUUUGAGAUGUAAAUCUAUUUAUGAUUGUAAUGCUUAGCAGUCGCUCAACUCAUGGCUUAAAAAUGCGCUCUGAUAAUGUUUCUUUAAAGAUGUUCUUUUUCAAAAAUGGAGGUAAAUUAAAAGGAAUCUGACAUUUGUGUUCAUGUGGGUCAAAAGUUAGGUGAUACAGAUUCUAACAUGCAAUAUACAUACUCUAUCAUACACACACCCCUUCAGCUUUACUGUGUACAACAACUGUCAACUGAUUUCAUCUAUUAUCAUAAGUGACAAAAGCUCAACAUACUCUACAGAAGGAUUAUCUCUGUGUUUCAAUAAUAAGUGGAUUGGGUUGAAAGAAGUAUAAUAGUGAGUUUGUUGUGUAGUGCUGAACACUGCUCUGUGUUACACACCUACCUUCAUAUCUGCUCUUAAUAACCUACUUGCCAGUCAUGUUUAGUCCUACACAACCAGGCACUUAUCAAAAUACAUUCUUACUUCAGGUCUUGUUCAGUUAACUAUUUUACAGAUAUUUUGCAUUCAGUUUUUCAAUUUCAUUUUUAUUCUUGGAAUUUAUUUUUGUGACAUUGAGUUUACAUUUGAUUGACUAUGACUAAAUUUCUAACACAAGUUUAGUUUUUAACACAGUUCACAAUUAAUUUGACUAAGAUUUAUGCUUGCAUUGUUCUUUAAAAGACAUUCUUAACAUAGUUUAUUUAUAAUCUACGCCAAACUCCAUGAGUUUAUUUUGCAUUGAGGACACACCCGCUAUUCAGUGGUGUCAAUUGUAAAUGAUUAUCCUGGUAUUAAACGGCUACUAGUUAACGUUGGUCUUGGUUUCAUCAUUACAAGGAAAUGAAAUAUUAGUUCAUUAAAAUAGUUGUAGCAAAGAGGUUUUUUUUUUUGUAUGGAAAUUUUUUAUUCUUAAUCUUAGGUUAUUGAAAAAUCAUUUUUGUGUUGUAUUUUAAUAAAUUAGGAUGUUUAUAAAAAUGUAAAGAAAAUUGAUCUCUUCCAAUAUUUAUAUUAUUUUAAUACACUUUUGCAGAGCCCUAGUUCAACUAGCCAAAUGGACACAGGCCAGCAAAAGCCUAUUUCAAAGGCUGCACUGGUGAGCAUCCAGCCUGCUGAUUCUCUGACUAUAGACUCGGGCCCUUCAUUCCCAGACAGCCUUCACAUGAGUCCUGAAGAUUUCCACAUCCCCCUUCUGGACCAGCUGACGGAUCAGGAACUUUCCUCUACUCAGGACCAAGCCUCUGGCAAUAAAAUGCUGGAAAUGCCACGGUCACACAUGUCAGGUGGUCACAUGGUUGUGUCUUCUGAUGCCAUGCCUACCACAAUCACAGAGAUAGCAGAAGCUCAGGAGGGCCAAGGGGACAAACCGAAACGUAAACGCAUCCGAAAACCUAAGGCCGAGAAACCGUCUGGUGAACCUGGGGUUGAAGGUGAGGUGGAGAGCCCGCCAAAAAAGAAGAAAGAAAGAAAACCCAAGGAGCCCAAAGAACCGAAACCCCCUAAAGCCCCCAAGACUCCAAAAGAACCCAAACCCCCUAAAGAACCCAAGCCUAGAAAGCCACGAGUGCCCAAAGAACCCAAACUGCCGAAAGAACCCAAACCCAGGGCUCCACGUAUACGCAAGAAGAAAGUCAAGGAAGAAGAGGCGGUGGUUGAACAGGCGGCUGUGGCAGAAGAUGGAAAUUCAACAAUAAUAGCCAGCGAUACAUCGGUCAUUGAGCCGGACUGCAGCUUGGAUGUUAGCAGUCAGUCCAUCAUUUCUGUAACCGACAAUGUGCCAGAGACAACACCUGUCAUAGAGCCGCCGGAUGGGUUAAUAGAGAGGCAGAAAACGCCAAAAACUAAAAAGCCGAGAGCCCCAAAGACAUUAAAACUGAAAACUCCUAAGAAAAAGAAGCCACCCGCAACGCUCUUGCUCAAGAGCAAGAAGAGAAAACGGAACAACUCAGGUUCUGAUAGUGAGCUGAAUUUAGGUGAGGCUGAUACCUCCACAGACAUCGAUCCGAGUGUUGAGAAGAGAAGGUCAUCCAGGAACACCAAGAGGACAAAAUACAUUGAUGACAUUGACCUCAACUUGUCAGAUGAUGACAAACAUGAGGAUGAAUUGGGUGAGGCCCCGGUCACAAUGAAGAAAAACACUGAAGAAGACACAUUAAUAGUUGACAAAGUUUUAGGGGAGCGCAUUAGAAGACUAGACAGUGAUCUGGAAAAACCCAGUGAAGAAGUAGGAGCUGAAGGUGAAGUUUCAGAGAAGAAAGAGGGAGAAAAUUCUGAAAAGACGGAGGACGGCGUGGAGGAAUUCUAUGUUAAAUAUAAAAAUUAUUCCUACCUCCACUGUGAGUGGCGUACACUUACCGAGUUGGAGAGGGGAGAUAAAAGAGUUUUAUCUAAGAUAAAGCGUUACAGAAUGAAGAAAGCCCAGAGUUACUUUGAAGAGGAUGAAGAUGAGCUAUUCAAUCCAGAUUACGUGGAGGUGGAUCGAGUGCUGGACAUGAUUGUUUCUAAAGACCCUGAAACGGAAGAGGAAACUAAACACUACCUCGUUAAAUGGAGGGCUCUUUCUUAUGAAGAGUCCACAUGGGAGCUGGCGCAGGAUGUUGACCCUAAGAAGGUCGAGAUGUUUAUGAGGUUUAAAGAAAUUCCCCCAGAAGACCAGAGGAAAGUGUUUGCCAGGCCUCGUCCUGGGCAGUGGCGUAAGCUGGAUGAAACACCUGUGUAUAAGAAUGACAACACACUAAGGGAGUAUCAGCUAGAAGGUGUCAACUGGCUGACAUUCUGCUACUAUAAUGGACAGAAUUGUAUUCUGGCUGACGAGAUGGGUCUCGGGAAAACUAUACAGAGCAUAACAUUUCUCCAUGAGAUCUACAAGUAUGGAAUUAAGGGUCCAUUCCUGGUCAUCGUACCUCUGUCCACUGUGGGCAACUGGCAGCGAGAGUUUGAAACUUGGACAGACAUGAAUGUGGUUGUGUUUCACGGGACUUCCAUCAGCCGCAACAUGAUCAAGGAGUAUGAGCUUUUCUACAAGGACGAGAACGGUCACCGGAUACCAGAUAUAUACAGGUUCGAGGCCCUCAUCACCACAUUUGAGAUCAUCCUGACAGACUUUGACCUACUGGCAGACAUUGACUGGAGGUGUGCUGUUAUUGAUGAGGCCCACCGGCUUAAGAACAAGAACUGCAGGCUGCUGGAGGGACUUCGACUCUUUGAUUUGGUAAGUUUUUCAAGAUUUAACAAUUGUUUAAAAAAAAACAACAUUGAAAUAGACAGUACUUAUCAACAUUAGAUUUGUUCCUUAUUCUAUCAUGAUCAUCUCAUUAUUUAAUAUAUAAUUUGCAUUUUUAUAUGCAAUCCACAUUUAGCAAUUUCUUGAAUGUCCUUGUGCAUUGACUAAUUUAUGAAGCUAUGUCGCAAUCAAGCUGUGGCAACUUUAAAUGUUAAAACUGUUAGCUAGUCCUCUCUAUCACAUUAUUGAUCAUGGCAAUCUAGGAUUACAGCAUAGUAACUGUGUACAUUUAAAAAAAAUUGCAGUACUUCUUUUUUGCCUAUGCAAUGCCUGAGAUGUUGUUCAAUAUAUACUGCAGAUAAGGAAAUUAUGUAACAUCCAUUACAGUUGAAUUUAAUGUCAACAUCAAAUUUAAGUGGUGUCAGAGCAAUGUUUCAUUGUAUUAAAUUCAUGUCCUGAUUACUGGAUCCAGGAUGCUGAACUUUUAUCCCAUAUAAUUUAUAUAACAUAAAUGGCUAAAUUUUGUUGUAACCCUUUAGAAACCCAUCAACAAAAGCAUGUUAAAAUGUUUUUUUUUGUCUGUCACAUUUUGAUGCAGUCAUAUCAUUGGUAAAAAAAUGUUGGGAGCAGACUUAUUAUGCCAUAAGUAUUUUAAUUCUUGAAAGUGUGCAGUCACCAUAAAGGGCAGAAUUGAGUGACAUAUGGCCUACUGGUACAAAGAAUACUUUUAAACCUUGAUAUAAAGUCACAGUCAGACUCCCAUCACAACAGGGGUGGAUUAAUCUUACUGAGUUGUCAGAGAUAAAACUGCUCAUUCAGUAAUGUAGGUCCCAUGAAACUGAACAGAACAGAUGAACCUGGACUGAUGUGAAAUUUGUUAAAAGUUGGUGUCCCCCUUAUUAAACUGAAUAUUUCUAUGAUGCCUAAUAACUUGACUCCAACCCACAGGAACACAGGGUGCUAUUGACCGGCACACCAUUACAGAAUAACACUGAAGAGUUGUACAGUCUUCUCAACUUCCUCAGUCCAAAUAAGUUCAACUGUGCAGAAAGUUUUGUCAAAGAGUUUGGAGACCUGAAGACUGAAGAACAGGUGGACUCUCUGAAAGAAGUGAGUAGAUUGCUAAUCACUGGAAAGUUUCUCUCAUUGAUUUAUGUGACAUAUCAUCUUUAAACCCCCCCACCCCCCCCCCCCCAUCCGGGUCCUUGGCUCCUGGCCAUGAACCCCAUUUUAUAAGCACCUAACACCUUCCUUAAAACAUCCUUAAUUUGAGAAUAGGAACUAGAUUUUCCACACUUUCAUUUGUAAUAGUUUAGAAACCAUUGUACAACUUUUAGGAGUCGUUGGAAAUGUCUACAUUUCUAUUCAUCUUUGCAAGUGCAAAAUCACCAUCAGGUCUUUAUACAAAAUUUGCUGGGGGAAAAGUGAAAGAUUUUCCAGCCCCUUGCAUUUUUUGCAAUUGUAAUUUUUAUGAAUUAGUUACAUCAUGAUGUACAGUAUUUUUUCAUUAAUCUUCCAUGUUGUAACCACUUUGUCUAGAUCUUGAAACCAAUGAUGCUCAGACGUCUCAAGGAAGAUGUAGAAAAAAACCUAGCCCCAAAGGAGGAGACAAUUAUAGAAGUAGAAUUAACCAACAUACAGAAGAAAUACUACCGUGCCAUCUUGGAGCGUAACUUUCAGUUCUUGUCAAAGGGAACUUCCAGUGUUCCUAGUCUCAUGAACACUAUGAUGGAGCUCAGGAAGUGCUGCAACCACCCAUACCUGAUCAAUGGUAACAUUUUCUUUACUUUGAAUACACCCAUACCUGAUCAAUGGUAACAUUUUCUUUACUUUGAAUAGCUAGAUUUGUAGCGUUCAUUUAAAUUAUUUUUUAUUUCUUAGAAUAAGCCAAAAUGAACUAAUAGUUUGUGUUUAACAGAAACAUAAUUAAACAAUGCAUUAAAAAAAAGUUUUUCAUAUAAAUCCUUUAUAAAAUGUAAUAUCCAGCAUGGGGGGAGUGCAAAUAAUUUGACAAAACAUGAAUUCAAGUAAGGCACUCUAUAAGAAUCCCAAUUAGUGCCGCCGCAAAUGUUUUCUUCACUAUAUUUAUACACCCGAUUGUUACGCACUGACUUGUAUUGGGAGAAAUUAAUCUCCUAUUUUAAUUUUAAUUGGCUCGUUGUAAACAGUGCCUAACAAAGGACGAUACCAUAUAAUCAACAAUAUUAAAGAUACGACCCAAAACAGUUUCUAGUUACAAUUAAUUAAGAUUUAUUAUGUCUUAAGAUAAUUACAAAAUAAAAUAAAAUAAAAUUACAAUCUUCAACAAUGUCAUACCGUCUACAGCAUGGCCAUGUGUCAAUUAUGUUAAUGAAAUAAUGAUGCCAAUAAAUAAUGCGAAAUAAACACAUAUAAGUAGGAGCACACAAAUACACAAAGAAUAAAACACGCCUCAUAAUGUUAAGAAAAUCUAUGUGAAAAAUCUCCGUCCCUUUUUUUUUCGUCCGUGCCUGUCAAUCCCUUAUAUAGGUGGGUCUACCGACGCCUAAGCCCUGCCUUCGAUAAGCUACACGAUAGUUCUAGAACCAUCAGAAUGAUUCUACAAAACACUACUUGGAACAGAUUAAUUAUUUUUAGUGGCUGGCGGUGUAAACAAGAAUACUUCAAAGGCCUAAGCCACACCCCUUUGUGAACACAUCGUCUCAUGCGGGGUCAAUCAGAGGGCACGCACGAGAAAUAUUAUGUAAACAAGCUCUCUAUAACACCGAUUUUACACAGACUUAUUUCACCAACAAUUUUAGAAAGACAAAAGAAAAUAUUACGCAUCAAACGGCUUUGUGAUAGUUUUUUUUUUUUUAAAUCUCCUUUAGCGCAUUUAUCAGGAACUCAUUUUAUCUUCCCCUUGAAAAACAGGAAAAACUGAUUUAUGGGGUUUGGGCUGAAAAUUUGAUAGAAUUUGUUGUCAUAACGAGUCUAUGUGCCAAGUUUUAGCUCGAUAGGUUGGCGGGAAGUGGGUCAAUUGGCUGUCUAAGAUUUUGCCAGUACACCACCCAGCCAGCCACCCAUGAACAAAAAUGAAGUUAAUAUGAAGGAUUUAAAAAGAUAAAUACAUUUCUUUAUUUUAAAAUAUUUUUGUUAAAUAAUACAUUAUUUGAAAAAUUUGAACUUAUAGGUGCUGAGGAUAAAAUUCUGGAAGAGGCACGUGAGAAAAAAGCUGAUGACCCUGACAUGAUGCUUAAUGCCAUGGUCCAAUCAAGUGGCAAGAUGGUUCUCAUGGACAAGCUUAUGCCACGUCUCAAAAGUUCUGGCCACAAAGUACUUAUCUUUUCCCAGAUGAUUCGUGUGCUAGACAUCAUUGAAGAUUACUUGAUACAGAAAAAGUGAGACAAACUAUUUACAUCUUGUUAGAACCAUUCCUAUUGUUUGAUCAUAGCUACAUCUUCUUUGUCUUUAUCACACUAUGACUUUGGUUUUAGGUACUUGUAUGAACAUACAUAUCACUCUUUUAACUAUGACUUUGUUUACAGGUAUUUGUAUGAACGUCUUGAUGGUAGGAUCAGAGGAACAGUUCGACAAGAAGCGAUUGAUCGUUUCUCUAAACCAGAGUCAGACAGGUUUGCUUUUCUCCUCUGUACCCGGGCGGGUGGUCUGGGCAUCAACCUGACUGCAGCUGACACUGUGGUCAUUUAUGACUCUGACUGGAACCCACAGAAUGACCUGCAGGUACCUUUGGAAAACAUACAACUCUUUCUAAAGCUUAAGAAUAAGUAUUAUACAUUUUGUGUAUGAAAGACAUAGGAGUUGAACAUUUAAAUUAAUUUAAUUUGUAAAUAUUUUGCGCACGCUUUAAUAUUAUUAUUUUUUUACAAUUUUUAAGAAUAUAUCUUUGAAUAUUUUGACUUUUGCAAUAAUUGUAUAAUGCAAUGGAUAACAUAACACUGAUGGUCAAUGUGGCCUUUUGCAUGUGAUUUUGUCAUGGUCUGUCAGAAAUUUCACUGACUCAGUUAGAAAUUUCACUAACUUACAUUUGUGUUGACAGGCUCAAGCUCGCUGUCAUCGUAUUGGUCAGAGCAAAGCAGUGAAAGUGUAUCGUCUGAUCACCCGGAACUCCUAUGAGAGGGAGAUGUUUGACAAGGCCUCACUGAAGCUGGGUCUGGAUAAGGCCGUACUCCAGUCCAUGGGUGGGGAUAAACUUGUCAAUCCAGUAAGUCUUCCAGUUGAUACCAAAUUAUUGCUAAAAUAAUACCAGCAUGAUAUGUAAUGGCAAAUUAUGUUUUAUAUGUGGGAGUGAUAGACUUUAAAAACACUUUUGCCAUUGCAUCCAUUUUAAACCUACACAAUCUUGGCAUCCCCUAAUUUGAAAGAAAAAUUAUUUGCGCCUCUUCAAACAUAAAGGUACAAAUUAGGCAUACGCAUAGUAGGCAUGAAAAUUUGGCCACUCUUUCCAGACCUCCCAGGUUUGAAACUGCUGCCCGAUAACUAUGUAGUGAUAAAAUGACAUUGGAAACUACCGCCCUACAACUACAUAGUGAUCAAAUGAGGAUUGAAACUGCCUCCCUAUUAUUACAUAAUGAUAAAACUUAACAAGUGUACUAGGUGUUAAUGAACAUAUUAUUUAAACUUUAGGCGACUCAGAUGACAAAGAAAGAAAUAGAAGAUCUCCUCAAGAAAGGGGCUUACGGAGCCUUGAUGGAAGACGACAACACCGGGGACACCUUCUGUGAAGAGGACAUUGAUCAGAUCCUGCAGAGGAGAACCAAAGUGAUACAGAUAGAGUCAGAGGGCAAAGGAUCAACAUUUGCCAAAGUAUGUGUACUCGUUGUUUUGAGGAGAGAUUUAGUUUUGGGAAAAAAAUCCUUGGAUGUUUUAUUGUAAGUCGUUUUUACUGUAAUGCUUGUCCGAAAACUCAAACAUUUCUUUUUCAAUCAGGCAAGUUUCACCAUGUCAGAGAAUAGAACAGACAUUGACAUCAAUGAUCCUAAUUUCUGGCAGAAGUGGGCCAAAAAAGCAGACAUUGACACAGAGGUCGGCAACAAGAAGGUAUGCAUUUAUUUUAGAGUUAUGAAAUUAUUUUAUUCUGGUGUAAAUUGCUUUUAAGCUUGAAAACAAACUUUAUUCCUAAGUCAAACAAACUUAAAGAGAUCAAAAUGCAAUUAAAAUUUUUACUUCACAAUAGACUGAACUCAUACUUGCUGAGCCCCGCCAAAGACGACAAACAAAUCGUUAUGGAAAUGAUGAAGGGACUAUGGAAAUAAGUGACCUUGACUCAUCAUCUGGAAGUGAGGAUGAGAAAGGGAACAAAUCUAAGAAGAUGCGAAAAACUCGAAGCCAACGAAGAAAUCAAGAUGAAGAUUUGGAUUAUGCCAAUGAUGUUCCUGGAGACAAGUAUGACCGAUCAGAAUGCUUUAAGGUGGAAAAACUGUUACUUGUAUAUGGGUAAGUUGGCCUUGUACAUGAUUUCUUUUGAAUAGUAUACACAUUUUUUUUUUUUAAUUAUAAACUCCAACCAAAUAACAACAAAAUUAUUGUGAAUUAUUUAAAAAUAUGCUCACAACUCUUUAUAAUUUUUGCUCCCAUUGAGAUUUAGUAAUCAUUAAUUUAUUUAUACUUCACAGAUGGGGAAGAUGGUCUGACUUAAUUAAACAUGCCCACUUCAAGAGAAGACUUUCACAGGAUGAUGUGAUCAUGAUUGCAAGAUCCAUUGUAAGAUUGAUUUUCACUAAAUUUACACUUCAAAUCAGUUUUAUUUUUACGGUGCGUACGUUGUCUUUAAAAUAAGAAAUUGUAAACCUAAUUUUAUUUUAUUUACCAGUUGGCCCAUUCGCUAAAGUUCUACAAGGGUGACGACAAAAUUAAAAACUUUAUAUGGGACCUAAUUUCUACAGGAAAAGAAGGAGAGUUAAAGAACCAUUCAGGUAAGCAUGGAAAUCAUUAAUGUGGCAAAAUUUAUAUUCAAUACAAAAAAGAAUACUUAAAAUACAUAGCAGUGUCUUUGAAAUGUACCUAGAUGUAAUUCCGUGCAAUUUUUUUGGUAGUUUGUUUGUGGUUACUUCCAGUGAUGACUUGUCAUGCUAAUACACAAUGAGUCUAUAAUAAGAUAAGAUGUGCUUGUCUUGGAGACUUGUCAUGGGUGAAAUUUAAGCCAGACUGAGGAUUGUUGGUUUACAACUGCUUUGUAUUCUUUUCGUGUCUGAUUAUGUGUGUGAAUAUAACCUCCGAGCUGAGAAGAAUUUUUAUGUCCCGUCCCCCAAAUGCAUUCCACUAGUUAGUCAAAUUUGUAAAUAUUCAGGGUGUAAUUAUUAUUGUUAUUUUUUUUAAUAAUUAAAAAUGUUAGGAUUAUCAGCUCCAGUGCCACGUGGUCGAAAAGGAAAGAAAAGAAAAGAGAAUUUAAACUUUCUAGAAGAUCAGGAUAAACCAUUAGACUUUGACCCUGAACUCAUUCUGGAUAAUGGCUACAAGAGACAUCUACACAGGCAUUCCAACAAGUAAGUAUUUGUUGAAGAAAUAGUCUUUGAACUCACUUAACCAGCAUUGCCUAAUGGUCUAUUAAUUUCAUUCUGAAAAUUAGUUCUGAUUUCAAGAAAAUGUAUUAAAAAUAAUUCCUUCUAACAUGUUUUACUAACUUUAGUAAUUAUUUCAAAGGUCUAUUUUAUAACAAUUGUAUUAAAGAUUUUUUUUUAAAAUCUUGAAUCUGUGAAUAAAAUUAAAGAAAAUAUGUUAAUUGUGUGUCCAUGUUUUGUCCAGGGUGCUCCUGAGGGUCAGGUUACUCUAUUACAUUAAACAAGAACUCAUUGGUGAAGAAGCAGAGAAAGUUUUCCAAAAUAUUCCUCACACGUAAGUUGAUUAAAAUUCUGUUUCUUCACAAAUUUCUUAGAUAUUUUACUCUUCCUGUUUUUGUUUUUGAAAAAUUAAAUUUUGUGCUUUUAUUUAAAACCCAGAUUAAAAUGAAAUAUUUUAAAUAUUUUUAAAUUGUAUAUAUAUAUAAAUAUAAUAAUAUAAUAUACCGAGAGAUAAUCAUCAAGUUGACCAUUAGCCAAUCUGAUUUGUUCCCCCCAUUAAAUUCAUGUGAUAUCUGUACAGAGAGAUCAGCAUUCCACAACCUAUAUUAGAAGGGGAAGUUCCUGUCCCAUGGUGGGAUGAAGAAGCUGACAAGUCACUGAUUAUUGGAGUCUUUAAGUAUGGCUAUGAAAAAUACAACUGUAUUCGCUCUGAUGCUUCUCUUUGCUUCUUGGCAAAGUGUGGACCUCCGGACGGGGCAGCACUUUUGGCUGAACAAGAGGAUGACAAGUAAGUACUGUUCUAUCUCCUCUGAUGUCUUUGUUCACUUGCUAUAAGUUGUUAUCUCAAUUCCUGUCAUUUGAAUAUGAUUUGAGGACAUUCCCAUGAUGACUUGCCAUGCUAAUACGGAUUGGGCCUCUAAUGAGAUGAGAUGUGCUUGUCUUUGAGGCUUCAAAUGAGUUGAAACCUAAGCAUGACUGAGGAUUUGCUUGUUUUAAAGAUCGUAACUAGCUAAUUUUCAGUGAAAAAUUUCAUGCUUGCUUGUAAAUUACCAUUCUUCCUAAACCACCAAUACAAUUUUUGCUGACUUGGUACAUUACAAUCACCACAACACAAGAAAGCUUCUCUUUUCUUCAAUGCAGGGAUGAUGAUGACAAAGAUGAUGAUAUGACAAAAGAUGACAUGGAUGAUGAUGAUAAUUCUCAAAGCUCAGCCAAUGAGGGAAAAAGUUGUGAUAGGAGCACUUCUAGCAGAAAGAAUAUUGAAGAUGCAGAAGAAAAAAGUUCAGAUGAAAAAACCUUAGAUUCAGCUCCUGAAGGUUCUUCUGAGAAAAGGUCUUCAACUUUGGCUGAAGGUAGCUGUGUUUUAUUUAACAUAUUUAUUCAGGACAGAAUAUCUUUUUUUCACAUAUUGUCCACAACUUAAUUUAAAACUAAAACUGAAAAUGCUGCACUUUCUUUUCAUUAAGAACAUUUUCUUUCAAGUUGAAAUAAAAAUUUGAAAAUUCCCAGGUGAUGGUGACAAACUGCUGUUUCCAGACGCUUCCAGUCUAAAUGUACGCUUGAGGAAAUGUAUAACUAAUUACCAAAGGCAUCAUAAAAAGCGCAUGCUCAAAAAUGAGCAAUUGCAAAGGGUAAGUAACUCAUCACAAUAUUUUAGAAAAUAUGAAUUCUGCUCCAUUUAAAAAUAAAGUUAUUUGGGUUAUUUUAUUAAAGAAUUUCAUUUCUGAUAUCUUGAAUAGCCAUGGCAAUAAAACCUUUUAUUAAAAACUAUUUUCAGAAGAUGGAGCGAAGAGAGCGGACAGAUAUUAACCUGAAAGAGAGGGAGUACAAGCGCAAGGAAAUUCAACACAGGUUAGUCUCAUUAGGUUACAGGUAAAAAGGAAGGUUAUCAUGUUCAGCUCAAAGAUUUUAAACAUUGUGGAAUAAGUUUCAUUGUACUGACAAAGAUUUUUUUGGAAAAAGUGAUUUACUUGGAAAAUAGCUUUUGUGUCAUGGUAGUAUUUAUAGACUGAUAGCUUUGGUGUGAUUUUUCUUUCAUUAAAAGUUAGUGUAUUGCUUGUGGUCUGUAUUCUCCCCCUACCCACCACUAUGACCAGAGGCAGGUCUUAGCCCCACCAAAUUGUAAGUUUUCGGAUUCAUUACAGUCGUUGGACAAGGAGAGAGGAGGCAGAUUUCUAUCGAACUGUGUCCACUUUUGGUGUAGAAUUCAGCCGAGCGGCAGGCAGGUUCCGAUGGGACAGAUUCAGAGAGCAGGCUCGUUUGGAUAGAAAGGCAGACGAGUCCUUGACAGAGUAUUUCCAUGCCUUCUACUUCAUGUGUCAGCGAGUUUGUGGCAAAUUGAAGCCUGGAGACAGUAAGUUCAAUGUAGAAUUAUAUACAGUCUACACGUUUAAAUUCAAUUUCUAAUUUUAACUCAGCUUAAAGCAUAAAUCAAUCCUCAGUAAUGCCCUUGAUCCUUGAUUGAAUUUUCUUUUUAACUUACUCUCCAGUACCCCCAAAUAUGAUUUUUGUGGAACCAAUCACUGAAGAAAGGGCAAGCAGAUGUCUGGCCAGAAUUGAUCUAUUGAACAAGAUCCGCCAGGACAUUUUGAUGCAUGCACACCUGGAUGAACGGAUAAAACUCUGUCAACAUUCCUAUGACAUGCCCAGCUGGUGGAUCUGUGGUCAGCAUGAUAAGGAGCUCCUUAUUGGGGCUGCAAGGUAAGGUGACAUCACAGUUAAAAGGCAUUGAAAAAUAGUUACCUAACAUUACUGUAACAUCUUGGCAAUUAGAGAGGGAGGUAAAAAUAGCAUGCAGAUUAUGCAAUCACGAUUGCAGAGAUAGAAAAUCAGAUAUUCGAUUAUUAUAAUUGUAUGGAGACAUAUUUGCUACUUGAAUUUGCAGAGAUUAUUCUAGUGUACAGAAAGAACUGACACUGUAUGUUAUAUUAUUUGAUAUUAUACUUAUACUGUGAUUAUGUAAAUAAGUCUAAAUAAAAGUAAAUAAAUAAUGUGUAACAACAGGACUUGGCAUUUUCAUUAUGGAGGGAGGUGAGAAUCGUAUGUGUGAUAGAGAGAGCCUCCAACAAUAUUUAUAAUGUUGUCACAAGACGAUACAAUAAACACUUGUUUACAUUGAAAACACAAGAUGUUACAAUGACCAAAAAAAUCAUAGAAGUAUUUAGUCUCAUUGGUGGUGUUUUAAUUUUUUCAUUACAGACAUGGGGUAGCUAAAACCGACUUCAAUAUACUUCGUGAUAAAACACUUUCAUUUCACUUGGUACUUGAGAACUCCCUCAGGUCCCUAAGAGGUCACCCCGCACCAAUGACACCAUCUCAAGUGUCGGCUCGUGCUGAACUUUUCAGUAAGUUGUCUUAAUUUCAAAGUUGUUUUUUUUUUAAAAAGUUUUGUUGAUAAUUAAGUGUAAAAUAUUUAUGAAUGCUCUCUUGACCUUCAGGCUUUCAAAUCCUCUCAUGCUAAUGAUUCCUCAAUUGCCCUUUAUUUCCUUUCUUAUUUAUUUUAUUUGAAAUAUUUCCAAAAUAUUUUUCAAUAUAAACUCUUUUACUUCCUGUAAUCUUGCCUUUGGAAAAUCCAACAUCCAGCAGUAACAAUGGCCAACACUUCUUUUUCUUGUCGUAUUUUCAUUUGUCCUGUCUGCUGAGGAAGGUUCUUGGCAGAAAUGUUCUUCUCUUAUUGUCCUUUGUCUUUCCAUUCAAGCUUCCACAUACCUUGUUCUAUGGCUUUCAAAACUGGAAAUUCUAUGACAUUUCAUUUCUGAGUGGUAUCAAAAUGUAGACAACCUGUUAGUUUUAAAGUUAAUGAUAGUAUUUUUACUGGACCUUUUCUUCAAAGCAUCAGUGGAACAUAGACUGAAAUAUACAGAGUAACAAGAACAUAGACUGUAAUAUAGUUAAAAGAAUACAGGCUGAAAUAUACAGUUACAAUUAUACAAAGAAAAUAUUUCAAGAACUUUUGGUAUCUGCUUGAUAUUUUUAAUUAAGUAUGACACAUUUCAUCAACACUAAACUGAGCAGUGAUUACUGCAUAAUCCUUAAUGUAACUAUCUCUACUUACAGCCAGCAGCACACCUUUAGCUAAAUAUGAUAGGCUGGAGCAGCUGGUCAAAUCACCACCCAUGGAUCAGCAAGAAAUAAAUAAGGAGAAGAUCAAAUCUGAGGAAGAGACGACUGACAAUGGCAAGGUUUCACUCGGCGCUUCAGAAACGAGGAUUAAGAAAGAAACAGAUGGGACUAAAGAAAAGGUUAAAGCGGUAAAGAAGGAGGUGAAGGCGGCAAAGAAGGAGAAAGAGCCUCCACUUAUAACAAAAGAAAAAGAUACAGAUGAUGAAGAGGGUAAAGAGGCAGCAGGCAAUAUAAAAGAGGAAAAAGGUGAGGGAAAAGUCAAGGAGACCUCCUCAAAGAAUGUUGAAAUGAAUAAAGAAAAGAAAAGCAAAGAUGUUAGGGAAGAAAAGGGUAAGAGUGAUGAGGAGAAGCCAGAGAUAAGCCAGGAGAAAAAAGAUGAAGAAAAUCAGGAGAAAGUCCAUCCAAGUUCAAAUCAAAAGCCAGACAAGCCCGACAAUGAAAACAAACCUGUUGAGCAAGAAGAGCUCGGCAAGACAAAAGAUUCAGACAAGACAUCCAAGGAAGAUUCUUCUAAAAUGUCUCCAGCCAAGCCAGACAGUUUGUCUGUAUCGGGUGAGCCUAAAGACGAUCUGGACAUGGCAGCACCUGAUGUUAAAGAUGACAUCGAGAUGCCUAAAUUAGAGCCCUUAAAAAUGGGAGAAGAUCUCCCUCCUGUCAAAUUGAAACUGACCAGUCCCAAGACCAGUGAUGAAAUUAAGGACAUCAAAGUUAAAGAAGAAGAAAAGGAUGUCAAAGACGAGUUAGAGAAGAUCAAAGAACUGGUGGCAAAGAGUGAGGAGAAAGAGUCGGAGGAUGACAACAAACCAGACUACGUGAAGCUGAAGGAGAAAAUAAUCAAAACAGAGAUUGAGAGAAUCAAUGAGGAGAGGUUGCGUAGAGAAAGAGAAUCAAAAGGUGGCGAUGGUGAUGUGGCAGUAAGUAGAUUUGUUUUGACACAUUUUCUAUAUCCAAUAGUGACUAAGAAACACUGCCAUGCCCUCUACAGAUAAGCCCCAAAUAUUUUGUGUUAAUUCUCUGUUGAGAACUGUAAAUAGGUCAAGUUUAGCAUAAAUAAUUUAUUUCACCUUUGUAAGCUAGUUCCAAAAUAUCCUACUGUUUGUAAUAAGUUUAGAAGCAUCUGUACAGUGACUUAUCAAAUAUUUAUUCUGUUACAAAUAUUAAUCUCAAACAUUAUUUCUUUAAAUUUGAAUCAUCUCCACUGUGCUAUUGUAGAAUAUUUCCAAUGUCAGACUUGGUUACGCAUACUAAUUUGGUGUACACUGUACUAUUUUGAAAUGUCUCAUAGGAUUGUACACAGAGACCUGUCAGAACUAUGAUUUUAAGACGGGGUUGAAAAAUAUAAAAUGUGGUUAGAUUUACUAUUUUUACAUAUUUUUUUUUAGAUUAGCUCCUUUCUACAUCCAUUGUUAUAUGGGUGAAUGGACCAAAAAAUUUUGUUUGUUGGGGACCAUCCAUAAUUAUAUAUGUAUGCAUCAAGUGGUUUGACUUAGGAGCAUACAGGUGUGCAUGGGAGGGGGGGUAAGGGGGGAAGGUGUGUAAUUUUUUAAAAGACUUUCAUGUUUUCUGAUGGUCAUAUUGUUGCUGUAUGUUUUUUCACAAUUAACUCACUAGAUACCCCAACAGUAAUAUUAGCAUAGUUGCCCUAGUGAAAAAUUUAGACAUUUGGGAAUGUGUGAGGGGAGGGAGGGGUAAAAAUUGUCCAAAAAUAAUAGUAAGUCACUAAGCAGCUGUACAAUUUUAAUACCAGAGUUUUGUUCCAGCGCCCAUCUUCUCUUCUCCCCAAUACACCUUGCAAUGGUAAUUUAUUAUCAGGCUAACUAUGAGUUAACGGAAAGUAUAAUCAGGCUCCUAGGCUUAACGUGGUGGUGGCUAACCUGCUGCCCGCCACAUAAAAUAUUGUGGAUGUAUCACAAUUGAACUUAUAUCUUGAUUCAGUUUGCGAUUAUUUUCUUUCUUUCCCUAAAAGCACAUUUGAAGUACAGUGAAAUCUUUCAUAACGAGUUUAAUUCGUUCCAGACUCUUACUCGCUAAGCGAAACACUCGUUAAGCGAAACAAUUUUUCCCAUACAAAUCAAUGCAAAAUACAAUAAUGCGUUCCAUGCUGAAAAAAUAAUUUUUCAAAAAUUUUUAUUAACAUUUAUUCAAAUAAAAUUACUUAUGAAUUGUUAAGGAGUCUAACAACUUGGAAUACAAUUUAGAUUUGAAAAAAAAAACGUAAAUAAAAAUAUGAAUUUAUGACAAAUAAUUAAUCCUUUUUACAUAGAAAACUGAUUAAUCCUUUUUAACUAGAAAACUGUCUAAAGACAUUUGUUUUUGUCAACGCUUCAAAAUUUGAUGAAAAUGUGUCACAGCAUUAUCAUUGAAUAAAUUUGUAUCACAAAUAGCCACGCCCACACCUUGUUGUCGCUUUUCAAGGAUUUUACGUUUGAUUUCAACAGUUAUUUUUUCUCUCUUAUGAUUGUCUUCUUGUGGUUUUUUUUUUCGAAGACAUUUUAGCACAGGUUAUUACACUUUGCACAUAAAAAAAUUACGAAUACUGUCUGAAUACAAAAUUUGUAAAAGCUGGUGAUCACACACGAAAACAAUAAGCUUACAGACCAAGUGCUAAACACAGACUAAUGCAAUGGUUCUCAACCUUCCUAGUACCGCGACCCUUUAAUACAGUUUCUCGUGUCUUGGCGACCCCCCAGCAACCUAAUUAUUUUCAUUGCUACUUCAUAGCUGCAAGAAUAUGUGUUUUCAGAUAGUCUAAGGUGACCCCUGGGAAAGGGCCGCGCUACCCCCAAAGGGGUCACGACCCACAGAUUGAGAACCACUGGACUAAUGCAUCUGCGCGGAAGCCCCGGCUCACAAAUGAAGUCGGGAAAAGGGAACUUCCCCUUUCUGCGUAUCUUGUUAUGCCAAAUAUCGCUCGUUAAGUGAGCAACUUUUUCCACAAUUUUUUUUGCUCGUUAUGAGAGGUUCCACUAUAUAUAUAUAUAUAUACACAUCCUCCCUCCCCCCCUCUGGGAAUUUAAAAAAAACAAAACAAUAUGUGCCACUUUGGUGCACCCUUACCAUUUUUUGUUACACUGAUAUAAACAAAAUUUAUUGCAAUAAGUAAUUUCAUAUUUUAAAUAAAAGUUAUAAAACAAUGUUAUCAUUUAGUAACUACUAAAAUUAAAGGAUUUCUUUAAACACAGCUACAUAAAGGCAAUCUAAUUGUACACAACCAUUUCUUCAGUUGAUAUCUGAUUAUGUGAAGAAUGAUCCAAAACUAUGUAAAGGUAUAUGCAAAAGUGCAUCUCUGCUUUUUGAUAUUAUGGGAAUAUUUAUUUGAUACAUGAUACUGUUAAUGUUUAUUUCUUGACUAUUACGAUCCCGUACCAUAUGAUUUUGUGAUGGUAAAGGACCAUUAUGAGACUAUGGUGUACUAUUUAAGGAGUUCCAGGGUAACCAGGUCUGCUAUGUUAGUCACAUAUCUAAUCUAUACUAAUAAAAGAAAUUAAAUGAUUACAGCCUUUUGUUGGAGGACCUCCUGGUAUCUUUGGAGAUGAUCCCAGUGUGAUGGAAGUGGAAGGUCUUGAACCAGGAGAAAUAGCACCCACACGUUACUUCGGGCCAGCUGUGGAAUGGCCAAAGGUAGGAGCAAAAACGCUAUAAGAUUAAAUAGUCUCAGAUAUCAUUAAAAUUUACCACCAUAAAUAUUGGCCUAUCUUUAACUUGUCCUUUGACAGGACCGGGUAAUAUUUCAUCGCCUCGAGCACAUCUGCUACACCAUAGAGCAUGGAGAGUGGCCCUUUUCUCGCAGACCGCCACAAGCUUUCUUCCCCCCAGGAACUCCCACCCAUGCAGAAUCUCGGAGUGAGACGCCCGUCAGCACCGCCGUUAAAUCAGACAGCGCCACCGGCGCCGAAUCCGACCACAGCGAGGGUCUUCCCAGCGCCGAGCCCAUCAAUAAGGUGAACAUUGGCGGUGGGUCAGAAGUGACCCCAGAGAAAGAGUUUCUUAUUCGUAUGACUCCUGAGGUAGGGCAGACUUGCUGUUUUUGUAACAUCACCUUUUUUCAUUUCGGUGGAUUGGACUCAUUGUUUUAUUGUUUCAUUCACUUUGCUGGCAGAUGUGUUGAGCUUUUUUUUCUUAUCGUCAAUGCUUCUUACCAAUACAAAUUUUCUGCCAUUAAAUUGUCAUAUAAAUCAAAAUGCAUUCCAUGUUUAAGUCAACUACCAGGAUGGUCUUGGUACAUUAGCCACUGGCCACAGCCCUAAUUAUGGUCAGUAAUAUAUUUUUUUUUUUAAAGUUCAAGCUGGAACAUUAUUUUAUAACUAGAUUCACUUUUCCAGAUUUCAGAACUAGAUUUCAUGUUCAAUAAAAAAUGAUAAGGUUUAUAGACUUUUAAAUGAGAUUUGUUUAAUGUUUCAGUUCGACAAAAUAAAUUUAUAAUACAAAUCAAAGCAAAUUAUAGAAAUGAAAGCAAAUGGUGAUAUAAAUCAAAGUGAACUGCACUUACAUUUUUAGAUGAAGUUGGUGUCAAAAAAUAAUUUCAGUAGAAUAUUUUUUUUAAAAUUAAAACUUAACUCUGUUAGACUAAUUGAGCUUACUGAAAACCAGAUCAUAACAACACCAUCAGUUGAGAUGAAAUUAUUUAGGUGAUGUUCUGCUGUAAGUCUGCCUUUCUCUUUGACGCUUAGCCUUUAAAUACACUUUUUUGGUUUGUUCUAAGGCUGUUUUCUGCAUGACUUUAAAUGUUUAAUUUUAUAUGUAUAUACAUAUAUAACACACACACCCCCCAUAUGAAUUGCUUUUCAAUGCUAAUCAACCAUAAGUUUUUUCUUAUGAUUAGCUUCACGUUAUAUACAGGGUUUUGUUUCUUUUGUUGCACCUAUUUUUUUCACCUUUAUUAAAAUUAAACAUCCUUAACAAACAAAUUUAUUUUAUAAAAUAUUUUUACAUUAACUGGAUGAAUUUAGCAAAAAAUGAGCGAAGCGGAAAACCAGAUUUUAAAAUUAAAAUAAACAACCUAAAAAAUCUUAAAUAUAUUAAUUAAUAAUUAUUGUGUUUUUGUAACACAAGUUAUCAUUUUUCUGGAGAGGACUUUCAAGUAAAUGUGUUUCAUUACAUGAUUAAUUAUAUUAAUUAAUCAUCUUAAAACACUUGAAUGUUUCAGAGAAAUGACAGCUUGAAAAUGACAUUCCACAAGCGGGGCAGAGGUAGAGGCAGGAAGUAUGAGAUAGAUCCUGAUAAAGGUACAAUUGACCUUAUCACAUGUUACUAGUUAUAAUAUUCCAAUAAGUUGAGGCCGCUGAAUGUACUCUCCUGUACCAGGUUUAUGUUUAAAGAGAUUCCAAUUCUACUGCUUUCUUCAAUGUACUGCUGUUUAUGAUAUAACUUAGUAAUGGAGGACUUUAGUUCAAAGUGUACUUAUAAUAAAAAAUCAAAUUAGUCUUCUCUUUUAGUCAUAAAUCAAAUACAUUUUGUCUAAUUAGUCUUCUCUUUUAGUUAUAAAUCAAAUACAUUUUGUCUAAUUAGUCUUCUCUUUUAGUUAUAAAUCAAAUACAUUUUUCCCACCAGCUAAUCGAAUACAACAGCUGCUUAAUCAGAGUGCAUGUGGAGCACUUUCCAGUGAUGACAGUCAGUCAGAUGCAUUAAACUUGCCAAACCUCAGUCAGGGGCUUAACUCAUCUGCAGCAUCCACACCAUCCACUCACACACCACAGAGACAUCUACCGACAUCACCGCUUGUAAAAUCAUCAUCUCUUCAUUUACCUCAGCCACAGGUGAGAUUCAAAUUUGACUCGUAUAAAGGUUAAAACCAGUGACUGUAAAUACCCUUCCAUUACUCUGUUCAUGAGUCAUUCUCCUUAAUAAAGGUUAAAACCAGGGACUGUAAAUACCCUUCCAUUACUCUGUUCAUGAGUCAUUCUCCUUAAUAAAGGUUAAAACCAGUGACUGUAAAUACCCUUCCAUUACUCUGUUCAUGAGUCAUUCUCCUUAAUAAAGGUUAAAACCAGUGACUGUAAAUACCCUUCCAUUACUCUGUUCAUGAGUCAUUCUCCUUAAUAAAGGUUAAAACCAGUGACUGUAAAUACCCUUCCAUUACUCUGUUCAUGAGUCAUUCUCCUUAAUAAAGGUUAAAACCAGUGACUGUAAAUACCCUUCCAUUACUCUGUUCAUGAGUCAUUCUCCUUAAUAAAGGUUAAAACCAGUGACUGUAAAUACCCUUCCAUUACUCUGUUCAUGAGUCAUUCUCCUUAAUAAAGGUUAAAACCAGGGACUGUAAAUACCCUUCCAUUACUCUGUUCAUGAGUCAUUCUCCUUAAUUCUGGCUGGGAAAGGCCUGAAAAGUUUUUUCAUAAGUGCUCAUAAGCCAACCCAAAAAGUAUUAAGACUUAAAAAACUAAUCAACAUACAGAAAGUGGAUAUUUCCUUUACUGUGCGUGCAAUCACGGCAGUUGAAAAUUGAGGACAAAACCUGUGACACAGUUUUGCAUGCAGCUUUAUUUAGAAUUAUUUAAUUAAUAAUUAAUUUUGUUCAUUGUUUUUCUAUAAUAAAAUCAAUGCACCUGAAGAGAAUUAUUUUAAAAAUCUAUGACCCGCUCAUAAGCAGUCAGCCCACCUAUUCUCCUGAAAUUGAAAUUCCAUAAAAAGGCUUAAUUUUUUUUUUUUUUUCAACAAGUAUAUACACAGUGCCAGUUUUUCUGGGAAAGUGGAUGAACAAUGCUUCAAAUUAUUUAUUUGUUUGUUUCAACUGACCUUUGUAAGCAAAAUUGUUCCCAAAGAAAACAAGAGAAAAUCAAUCAAUUUGGGGAGCAGCAGAUUCCCAUAUGAGACAAGAGUUGAAUUCCCAUAUGAGACAAGAGUUGAAUUCCCCUAUGAGACAAGAGUUGAAUUCCUGAUGAAAUAUAGUUUUAAAAAGUACUUUUUGUAAAUCCUACAGACCUGUUUACUCUUACGAUCUUGGCGUAAAAUGUACGAUUUUGAGGUGUAUACACUAUAUAUGCUUAUGUUUAUUUUUUACUAUUAAGAUAAUGUAUUGAACGAUUUUGUAAUGAUAUUGUACGAUUUUAAGAGUUUGGGGGGUAAACAGGUCUGAUCCUAAAACUUUUAAGGAUAAAAAACCAUGAAUAUAUCAACACCACUCUGCUCUUUUACAUCUUCUAAAGAUGGAUAACAUGGCACUUUGGCCAGCAGGACUUUCCUCUCCAGCACAUUUCCUCAAGCUGGACUACUUUAGGGUAUUUUGAAACAUUCAUACAAAUACUUAAACAUUUAAUUUGAUCACAAUUGUCAGUUCAUCAUCUGUAAAGAGAUCUGAAACAUUCACAGGCAUAGUCAUGUUCUGAUACAACUUCUUAGAGCCUGGAAAUUAAAAAAAUAGAUAAGAAGUUGUGGUCUUGUCAUGAAGAACUUGGUGCUACUUAAAACUACUUUUGAAAAUUUGAGUGAUGUAAAAUAAUGUAAACAUUUCAAAUUCUUAGAAUCAGCUGUUAUUAAAGUAAAUUAAAACAUGCUCUCCAUAAUUUUAUGUGUGUACUUCUACAUUUUCUGUAGCAUAUGCCCAGUCCAUUGCUCAAUGGCACAGCAUCAGCCGGCUUGGAACAUUCAGAACUCCGCAGACAUAUGGUAAGUAAAUUAAUGUUAGAACUUUCACGAACUCCCCAGGCUAAUGGUACCGUAAGGGAAUCGAUUCUGUAAUUAAUGCACACAAAAUGUUCCCACAACAAGUGGUCUCAGCGUCAUUUAAAGAUAUGUUUUCUGUUUCCAUUGACAGAUGGAACAAGGGUUGUUCAUACCAGACAGAAAGAGAAGAGGGAGGAAGAGACGUUCUGAAAAAAUGGCAGAGCUGGCCAUGGCCGAAGCUUUGGCUAAAAGAGAACAGACAAGGAUUUUAUCUAUGCUUGAACCUGGUGAGUGUUGAAUUUAUGUUAUCUAAGCUUGAACCUGACAGGUAUUGAAAUUUGUGGUCACCUGGCUGAUGAAGGAAGAACAAUGAACACUUUUAAAAAUUUAUUUAAACGUGCUGCAGCGAUGUUAGAAAAUCAUGAUUUUUCUCAUUGUUUGGCAGACACUCGAAUCCCGAUGAUCAAUUUGGAAGACGGCAGCGUUCUGGCCGAGGAGGACUGUCCCAAGAAGCGGGACUUGGACGAUUGGAUGCAGCAACAUCCAGGGUACAUGAUAGAUAACAGCAUUUGUCUCCUGGAUCCCUACCUGCCUGAAGUUCAGGCUUCCAUCUCUUCUGGCAAAGUGGGUGCCGCCGCCAGUGGGGGCUUCCAUCCUGGUAGCAACCGAAGUAGUGCUGCUUCAACCUCUCAUGGUCUGCCCAGGACGCCUCUGAGCAGCUCCACACCUGGGAAGGCAGGGGAAGAAGAUGAUGCCAAUCAAGUCGUACUCAACACACCUGAAAUAGGACCGGUAUGGAACUAACUCCACAUUUCAUUUGUUUUUCCCCCUUGUUUCUGUCACAAGACAAAGGUGCUUAUCUUUGGGGAAUUUUCUUGUGUUAGGGAAUCAUCAAAAGAGCCUCAUUUUGACCAAAAUUUUACAGCCUUAAAUAAAGUGAUUGGCAUUUUUCCAUUAAAAAUCAAAUUUAAUCUGCAUUGCUUUCAAAUGUAACAUUUUGUAUUUAAAUACUCUUUUUAAAAUAUCUUUUCACAAUUUUUAAGCAAAUUGCAUGAGCUAAUAUUAUAAUAAUGCAAUAGCAGUUCAACUACUCAAAAUAAAAUAUUGUCUUGUAAAUUUUUUAUUUGAAAUGAUUGACUGCAGAUACUAAGAGUAAUACACAGCUUUGCUUUCAUUUUAUUUCUAAACUUAUCACACAUGUUAAGUAGAAUUAAAAGCUUUGCAGGUUUAUUGGAAUGCCCUAUUUAUUAUUAUCAUUAAUAUGCUGGGUAAAACAAAAUCCCUUACUUCUCUUGUCCAAUGGUGUGCACAAAAAACAAAUGCAGAACUUUUCAAGGGAUAAAACUUUUGGGGUGAGAACAGAGUGAAUGUUGUUUGUUACUCCUGGAAGGAAAAAAUGUUAAUUGUGCACAUCAGUGGACACAAAUCAAAGUUCUAGGAAUGUCUUCUCUCUAUGCUUAUGUACAUUGCAUCCAUAAUUUUACCAUGUUGGUUGAAACGUUUUGCCACUUUUACCAGAUAAUUUUUUUCAAAUUUCUUACCAUUAAAAGUGACUUGCAUUUCAUGAUUUUGUGUAAAUCACGGAAAGGAUAUAUUUGAACAAAUGUUACCUUUGUAAAAGUGGCAAACAUUUGUUUUUGUUAAAAAUUUGCUUCUGGUGGAGUCUGUGCUGCCACGUGUUGUCUUGUACACCCAAUCAUUGCCCCCCUCCCCCCAACAUCAUGUAUCCUUCUGUACGGUCCCUCCAUCAUCAUACCUACACCCCACAGGAAACAUUUGUGCGACGCAGGGGCCGCAAGCCUCAGCUGGACCCCCGCACCCUGAACCUGGACCGCCUCACGGGAGAGGAGAACGUUGCCGUUGUAGAAAGGGGAUCAGGAAAGAAGGUGAGAGAAGCUCCAAAAGUUCUCUCAUUUGUCAUUGGCCACAGUCCUAGUCCUCUUUCUUUAUCUAACAAACUUCUGGGGCCCUUGUCAUUUAACCUCUUAAAUAGCAUUUUGGACAUUAAUUUUACCUAAUAGAAAAAUGACUGAAAUCGACCCAGUUGAAGGUGAGUGUGUAGAAAAAGUGUGCGUGGAAAAAAUAAUUAAAUGAAUCAUCGAAUAGUUCUCUGGAAUUCUUAGAUAAUAAAUCAAAAUAUAAACAUAAAAUGUUAACAGUCGAUGUUUUAAAAAAUUAACUUUUUUAAAAAGAAUAAGACAAAUAUAAAAUAUUUUUUGGGUGCCAAUGUUGAUAGGUAAGUGUAACUAUCAUCUCAUAUCUAACCUCCAUUGGGUCCCCGCUGCAUGUUUUAUUUGGGUGGGUUGACCACAUGGUCUCUGCUGUCAUUUGCAUGUGUGUAAGUUCAUUCACCUCUUUGUUCUUCUGUCAUUAAAUAAUUUUGACAUAUUCUAAUUUAAAGCUUUUUAACUGCACACAGCUUGUUUUUUUUUUUUCUGUUUCAUUUUAAAAAUUGAACGUUUUACUGAUUGCUUGAUAAUGAGCUGCUUGUGGCUGGGUCACACUGCUACUCUAUUAGUAUUAAUAGUUAUGAUGAAUAUUAUAAACCCGCUGAGAUAUAAACACAGGAUUUAUUAUACUAACAAGAAAGAUGGCUUAAAUUGACUUCAAGAGUCAAAAGAAGGUUUAAUGGUUAACUGUAACUUGAGAUGUUUUAAUCAUGUCCCUCCUUGUAUCUAGUAACUUGUUGUUAUAAAUGUUUCAUUUUAUUUUUCUAUUGUUGAAAACAUCAAAUAAUGAAGUUGUAAUAUGUUGUGCAUUCUUCAACACUAUAAAAUAUUUGAGGUGAGAUCAUAAACUGGAAGAUUGUCAAAGAUUUUGGUUUUAAUAAUUGUUGACACCAGACUUAAAGAAUCCAUUAUUUGUACUAACAAAGUAGGCUCAAGUUUAACUGAGAAAAAAAACAAAAACAUUUUGGCCAAAUGCCUUCAAAUGUUAUCACAUCGCUGUCAUCAGUGAGUAUUUGGACAGUGUUGUCAUUUUAAUCAAAGAACAUUUUAAAUAGGAUCACUUCUUCCUCUAUUCAAUGACACCUACAUUGACAAAUGGUAAAUCAUGAGAAAAACUUGAUAUGUUAUAGCUUCUUCUUCUAUAUAUUAAGGGCCCACGAUCAAUUUAUUGAUCAUUUUGGCUUCUAUGCACGUAGCGGGGAUUUGCAAAUGGCUGCUCUUUAAGAUUCAGUAAAUGACAAUACAAAGAUGAAAUAUUUGACAUAAACAACAGAUCCUGUGACAGGAUUAAAGUAAUUAUUUUUAAAAAAUUGUUUUGUAAACUACGUCUAGCCAAUUUUCUUUUAAGCUCUCAAACUAAAAACUGAUCCUCAAAGGGCAAAUAUUUAGUUUCGGAAGUAUUUUACCACCGUCCUCAUUAUGGUGACUUAAGCCAAAAUUUAUGAUAUCAUGUUGACGAUUGUUACUAAGGACUAAUUGGUUCCCUCUGUCCGCACAGAUCACAGGUUCUAAGGCUCCACCGCUGAAACACUUGAAAGAAUGGCUGGAUCAGAAUUCUUCAUUUGAUGUGGAACCAAAAUGGGGAGACUUGGUCAGGGCCAAGGUACAAUAUAACUACUUUAACAUUUGUUGUAUUAUACUGUAGUGGGGGCCAAGAUACAAUAUAACUACUUUAACAUUUGUUGUAUUAUACUGUAGUGGGGGCCAAGGUACAAUAUAACUACUUAAACAUUUGUUGUAUUAUACUGUAGUGGGGGCUAAGGUACAUUAUAACUACUUUAACAUUUGCUGUAUUAUACUGUAGUGGGGGCCAAGGUACAAUAUAACUACUUAAACAUUUGUUGUAUUAUACUGUAGUGGGGGCCAAGGUACAAUAUAACUACUUAAACAUUUGUUGUAUUAUACUGUAGUGGGGGCUAAGGUACAUUAUAACUACUUUAACAUUUGCUGUAUUAUACUGUAGUGGGGGCCAAGGUACAAUAUAACUACUUAAACAUUUGUUGUAUUAUACUGUAGUGGGGGCCAAGGUACAAUAUAACUACUUAAACAUUUGCUGUAUUAUACUGUAGUGGGGGCCAAGGUACAUUAUAACUACUUUAACAUUUGCUGUAUUAUACUGUAGUGGGGGCCAAGAUACAUUAUAACUACUUUAACAUUUGCAAUAUUAUACUGUAGUGGGGGCCAAGAUACAAUAAAACUACUUUAUCAUUUGCUGUAUUAUACUGUAGUGGGGGCCAAGGUACAAUAUAACUACUUAAACAUUUGUUGUAUUAUACUGUAGUGGGCGCUAAGGUACAUUAUAACUACUUUAACAUUUGCUGUAUUAUACUUUAAUGGGGUUUCAAUAUUUUAAAAAUACUUGAUACACAUUAAAAGCUUUUAUUUGAAAUUUAACACACUAAAAAGAUUUGAAGAUUUAUCAUUAGAUGAUUUAUUUGAUUACUGCGAUCAUUCCAUGAAUGAAAUGUUACUCUUCAAAGGAAAAACUGAACAAUUUGUUUGAUGAAACUUUUUUCUUUUGAUUAGACUCACCAACUUUUUUGUGAUACCGUUUGAAAAGAUGUGUAUUAUUGUAAAUGAUAUAACAAGGACUAUCACUACUAUCAGGUAGUGUUCAGGAUAGUGUUGGUUCUUUUGCCAUUUCUAUCUCUCAUUAAAUGUCUAAAUUUGAUUUAUUCUAUUUUCUUUCAGGGCAUCCUACCAAAAUCAAUGGACGGUCGAAUCCUGAAACCAUCUGGAAGAGGUCGCAAACCCCGUGACUCGCUGCUGCACUCACAGAUGAUGGCGGGAGAGAUGCCUUUUCCCCCAGUUUCAUUAGCGGCCCUUUCUGCUUAUCAAGGAGCCGCUGGCCUGGUUGGCAGCUUUCCUAAACUGCCCCUGGGCCUACCGUUUGGAGCCAUGGCCGGCCUUCCUGGCUUGCCAAAUCCUCUGUUGGGACUUCAAGGCCUGGGCCUGCCAGGCAUGGGUUUCCCACCCCAUUUGGUGAAAGCAAUGGAAGAUGAACUCAAAGAGAGAGAAAAGGAAUUUAAAGAACGAGAGAAAGAGUUUAAGGAAAGAGAAAAAGAAUCUGAGAAGGCAAAAGGUGGUAGUAAAGAAGGUGGUGCUGGAGAAAAGAGCAGUAGGGGGAGCAGCAGCACAAAGGAUGAGGACGGCAGAUUGAAAAAGAGUGAAAGUAAAACAGAGAAAUCUUCUUCAGCUACCUCAUUAUCGUCAGGUUCAAAAAGUUCUUCCGCUGAAACAGCCCAUCCAUCAUUCCCACCGUUUUACUUCAAUCCUCUGUUGUACAAUCCACUUUUGGCAAAUUUCCCAUUGCCGGCCUCUUUGGGGGCAAUGCUUCCACCUGGACUUGUGCUCCCUCCGCAUUCAGCACCCUCACCCGUCAAUGGUCAACCAGAGUCCAGCAAAGCCGAACCCUCCAGUAGUAGCAGCAAGCACCACCAUUCAUCCCAGCAUUCACAUCACAAUCACUCUGAUAAAAAGAGGAAACCUCACCAUUCUCAUUCUGAUGUUCCUCGCACCUCCCCUUCCAUCCCCCAAGCUCACAAUGCUGAAGAUCUCUCAGUGAAGAGACACCACACAUCCUCUAUAUCACCUCCAUCCCCCUCACUGCAAGCUCAGGACCUCUCAUUGAGGAGAAGCAGUGAGGCCAGACCACCGCCUCCUCUAUCAUCAUCACCACCGCCAACGGUCAACCCAACUCAGGAACAGGCCACAGACUUGUCAAUGAAAGCAAAGGCUACUGUCAAUGACAAAUCAUCAUCUUCAUCAUCCAGUUACUCAUCCAAGACUUUGCCGUCGCCAUUAACCUCUUCAUCAUCAUCUUCUUCUUCGUCAGCAGCAAAUCUCAAGGUACCAAAUAAAAAUAAAAUUCAAGGUUCCCUCAAGCUGAAUAGGAUUUUAGAUUCUCUGAAAGAUCGAGUGUUUAAAAAUGAUCCAGUGAAAGAGAAAUCCUCCAACCCAACAACGGCUGAAUCGAAUGGUAAAGAGGUGUUGGACAGCAGUAAGAAAUCAAGUAACUUGGAGAAACUCCCUAAGGAGUUGCCCACAGACACACCUGAAAGCAAUUAGUGGAUGUGUUUAGCAUACCUAAAUAAUCAUUUGGCUUCUUAAAUCUAAACUAGGGCUUCAAACGGUGGGAUGAAAUGAUCGUUUUUUUUAAACACCUAUUUUGUUAUAAUUUUUCUCAAAGUUCAUGUCUUGAAUUUAGAAUGGGCACUUCAUAAAAUAAUUCUAUUGACCUCAUGCUUUGUUUGUGAAAUAAGAAAACACACUGCUUAGGAUGGAAAAAGCAAUCAAUGCUCAACAUCUUCUAUUAAAAUAUUGUUUUCCUCUAUUUUUUAAAAGGUAAUCUUUUUGUAUCUUAAGUUGAUUUCAAAAUCCACUUUAGAUUAUAUAUAUCCCCCAUAUAUUUUCUUGCCCCCCCCCCCCCCCCCCCCCCCCCCUCACUUGUAAAAUUGCCCACAAAUUGUACAAUUUCCCACAGCCUUGUUAUGAGAUUAACUAAACCACAUUGUGAAGGACUUGACAUGAAAAUGCCUAGUCAGUGUUCUCUUUAUGCCAACUUCCCACAUUCUAGUGUCAUUUUAAAAAAAAGAUUUUUCUUUCCUACCUGUGGCCAAUAAUGCUUUAUGUUUGAGUGAGUCUGGGCAGCAUUAGAAGAUCAAUUUGGACCAAAAAAAAAUGUCAUCUAACAUCAAAUAAUUUAAACUUUCAAAUUUUGCAUAAUUUAAAAAAAGAAAGAUGAAAAAAUGAAUUGUGGCACAUUUAUUUACAUUUCUGAAACAAAAAGUCAAUUUUAAUAUAACCAAUUGUGAUCCCCAUAAAUUUUAGCAGUGGAUGAUUCAUUAUAUCAUGUAAAUGUUGAGUGCAGACCACAUGAUAGGGCUACAUCUCUUCUUCUACCCACCUGAUAGGGCUACAUCUCUUCUUCUACCCACCUGAUAGGGCUAAUCUCUUCUUCUACCCACCUGAUAGGGCUAAUCUCUUCUUCUACCCACCUGAUAGGGCUAAUCUCUUCUUCUACCCACCUGAUAGGGCUAAUCUCUUCUUCUACCCACCUGAUAGGGCUAAUCUCUUCUUCUACAUUUACAUUUGCAUGGAAUUUUACAAAUAGUAGACUUGAUACAAAUUUACAGGAAGGAGUGGGGUGGGGUUAAGAGAUUAAACCACCUGGCCUCAGUCAGACACAUUUCGCAGGUCUCUUAAGUUGAUUUUUUUGUUGACAAUCUUAGCAUUGGAAGAAACGGUACUUGACAUUGUCAUACUAGGUUCUAUACACACAUUAAACUUAAAAUGUUUUAUGUGAAGAUUUUGUUUAGAGGGUAAAACAUUUGGCUUUGAAAGUGUUAUUUUAUUUGUGCUGUAGGAAUUUCUAGUAAUGCUGCAUGUUCAAGAAAGGUUAUUCACUUUUAUUUUCCAAUGUCAUUACUAACUAUGGCUCUAAGAGCCAAACAGGUUAUGUUCAUUUUUCACUAGAUCUUCCAUCAAGUGCAUCUUUCAUUUUAAACCAUUGCGGAAGAUAUAACUCAGUGGUCAAGGUACACAUGUUUUUUAAACCCAUCUUUUAAUUUGGAAGCAAUCUGUGUCAGAAAUCAAUAUAAUUAUUUUCAACCAACUGGCCUCAUGUAUUCAUUUUUGUGCAACACUGUUGUUGAUAGUUACCCAUUGACUCAGGAUGAGGAUUUUACAGGUUUAUGUUAAGUUACUGCACGGACCAGGGGUUCUCAAACUCUGGGGGCAGCAUAUGUACACCAAAGCCUGUUGUAAUAAGACGCAGUGUUAUUAUGCAGGUGCGUUGCCAUCCAGUUACCCUCGUGUUGCCCUUAUUGUAGUUGGAACCUCUGGGACAGACUGACUACUCUGUGCAGACGUUUAUUUAUUUAUUUCAAGCACGCUAAGAAUACUAUUCCCCUUCGAGUAGCCUCUUUAUUGUUUGAGAAGAGUGAACACAUUCCAGUGUUUUUAAAUUAAUUUGCACAUGUUCAUUGUAUUUAAAACCUUUAAACACAUAGUUGACAUACCUCCUGGCAGAUUGGAUCUCAUACUGCUUGAGAAGCCCUGCUUUAGACAUCUGAAAUUGUUGCUCAUUUAUUUAACUUAGAUUGUGUUGACCUCUUAUGUUGCUGUAGGUCUCAUGUAAAUCCAUUAUUAUUAUCCUCACCAAAGGGAAUCGUACAGAUGAACACGUGACACACACAUUUACUUGUUUGAACAAUGGAUGAUUUAAAAAAAAUUGAAAUACAUUUAUUUAAUGGGAAUUUUUUUCCCUUUAAAUUUUAAUUAUUAAAUGAUUGUAUUGGGUUGGAAUGAAUUCCUCAGUUCUGAAUAAUGUAAUUUUAGUUGGAGACAAAAGGUGAGGUCAUAGGUCAUGAACUAAUCCAUUCCUAUUCACAAACUUGCCAAGUUUGAUCUUUUCAAUGAAUAUAGUGUCAUUCUCAGUGUAAACAAACAGAGAUAGUUGUCUCUAGUAGCCAUCUACAUUGAAGUAUGUGCUUACACAAACUUAUUGGAUUAACAGAAUUGAACAAAAUUAAUGAGCAAUUUGUUGCCUGAAUUUAUCAUGUCUAUUUGUUUUGAAUUGAAAAUUUAAUUCCAUAUUUCAGUUGUGAAAUUUUGCAAGACAAAAAUAAUGCAGCUGAAAUCUGUUGUGAAAUCUGUUGUUGUUUUGAAAAGGAUCACUUAAAUGAAGACUGUGGGUGAAAGAUAUUUGACAGAUGUUGACUGGCCGUGACAAGACUGGCCAUGACAAGACUGGCCAUGACAAGACUGGCCGUGACAAGACUGGCCGUGACAAGACUGGCCGUGACAAGACUGGCCAUGACAAGACUGGCUCACUCAUGCUGUUGGAAGGAAAUUAAAUUAUAAUCGUUUAGAAACCUAUCAAAGAAGGAUGAAUUUCAAAUGAAAUGGUUUUUUUUUAAAUACAAAAUAUGAUGAAAUGAUUUUUUAAAGAACACUUGACAUAAAGAUUUAAUUCUGUUGUAAUUGAUCUAGAAUCUAAUUGUAAAAAAAUAAUUUAAAAAAUAUGAAAUUACUAAUGUGUAAAAUUUGUAAUAAAUAUUGAACCUAGGUUGUGGAUGACAUUUUCAGAAUGCUUGUGAUAAUCAAGCACCAGUUGAAGAGUUGUCCAAAGAUGUGGAUUUGUGUUGUUAGAGAAGAGUUUUUUAAGGGGAGGUAGACCAGAGGGUGAUAAACUGUAACUAUAAUUCAUGACUUCCUGUCUGAUGAAGAACACGUGACAUGUUGAUGAUGCUCAUCUGUUGAAUACUUGUAUGUCUUUUGUCUGGAACUGCAAUACAAUCAUUUAUCAUUGAGACACUGAGAGCAGCUACAUGGCAAGUCUCUGUGUCUAUUACACAAGAGGUGGUCCACUCAAUUAUUUUUGUAUCCACAAACCAAACCCCCCCCUCCUCUCUCUCCUGUUUGAUAAUUCAUCUCAGUUCUGGGUGCUACAACUAGACGUCAAUUUCAGUAGUCUUUAGUCUCAUCCCUCCACCAGUGAGACUGGAAUUCUAGGCAUGGAACCUUAAACUGUUGACGGCCGUGCUGAACCAACACUACCUUUGUAUCAAACAUUGUUUUUAAUUUAUUGUUAUAAAGGCAUUGUUGAAUUUUUGUGUAACCGACUCAGAGAAAAUCUGCAGCGCAAAACAAACGUUGGUCCUCUUUCUAUUCUAUGACAGUACAUAAUCUCAGGGUUCAAGAAUUGAUAGCAAUGUUGAUGUUCUUUUAAAUGUAGCUCAUUUAAUUCUAUGUCUUUGUGUGCAAAACUAUUUUUGUAUCUGUAAUGGAAUUGGUGUAAAUAGUUCUAUUUUUUCAUGUGAUUUAUCAUGUAUUGAACUUGAAAAAUAAAAAGUACUUAGUAAUUUAUACAAACUAAUGUUCUCUGUUCCCAUGAUAUCAGUCAUAUCAAGUCCAGGUGUGGAAUCUCUCACUGACCAUCACCUGACAAUGGCCACGCUGGAACCACCCAUUAUGUUUACAAUGAAUUGUCACUCACCUAUUUUUUUGUGCAUUGAGAGUAUCAAAGUUAGUGUAAUAAAUGUUCAUAAUAAAACAAUGGAUCAUGU